AUGCCCUGGGUGAACUUCACAGUACUGGGUGAAUGUGACUGGGACUUCUGAUAGACUGCACUCCAGACACAAGUGUGGAAAUUGAUCUAUCAUGCUGCUUCUGAGAGUUAAAUCAAUAUCUGUAAAAAAAUGUUCUCAUUGCAGUGUCGAGAGAAACAGCAGACCCCCACUGACACUAGUCUAGUACAAACCUGUAUUUUACUCUACUGUACCAUUCUGUGUGAGAUAUUAUUGGGUGUGUUCACUGUGGAGGGACUUGAUGAGAAUCUGAGUCUUGUAGAGUAUGGUGUGUGCGUGUGUGUGUGUUUCUGAAAUGGCUAUUUAUAUACACUAUUUAUACAAAAGCAUGUGGACACCCCUUCAAAUUAGUGGAUUUGGCAAUUUCAGGUACACACGUUGCUGACAGGUGUAUAAAAUCGAGCACACAGCCAUGCAAUCUCCAUAGACAAACAUUGGCAGUAGAAUGGCAUUACCGAAGAGCUCAGUGACUUUCAACGUGGCACCGUCAUAGGAUGCCACCUUUCCAACAAGUCAGUUCGUCAAAGAGCUGUCCUGGUCAACUGUAAGUGCUGUUAUUGUGAAGUGGGAACGUCUAGGAGCAACAAUGGCUCAGCCGCGAAGUGGUAGGCCACACAAGCUCACAGAAUGGGACCGUCAAGUGCUGAAGUGCGUAGUGUGUAAAAGUCGUCACCAUCUGGCAGUCCGACGGACGAAUCUGGGUUUGGCGGAUGCCAGGAGAACGCUACCUGCCCCAAUGCAUAGUGCCAACUGUAAAGUUUGAUGGAGGAGGAAUAAUGGUCUGGGGCUGUUUUUCAUGGUUUGGGCUAGGACCCUUUGUUCCAGUGAAGGGAAAUCUUAACGCUACAGCAUACAAUGACAUUCUAGACGAUUCUGUGCUUCCAACUUUGUGGCAACAGUUUGGGGAAGGCCCUUUUCUGUUUCAGCAUGACAAUGCCCCUGUGCACAAAGCGAGGUUCAUACAGAAAUGAUUUGUUGAGAUCGGUGUGGAAGAACUUCACUGGCCGGCACAGAGCCCUGACCUCAACCCUAUAGAACACCUUUGGGAUGAAUUGGAACGCUGACUGCGAGCCAGGCCUAAUCGCCCAACAUCAGUGCCCGACCUCACUAAUGCUUUUGUGGCUGAAUGGAAGCAAGUCCCCACAGCAAUGUUCCAACAUCUAGUGGAAAUCCUUCCCAGAGGAGUGGAGGCUGUUAUAGCAGCAAAGGGGGGGCCAACUCCAUAUUAAUGCCCAUGAUUUUGGAAUGAGAUGUUCGACGAGCAGGUGUCCACAUACUUUUGGUCGUGUAGUGUAUGUAUUUCAUUGUUUUUACAUAACAAUCCAAACCAGAAUUAGGUUGAGUGGCUCAUUCAAAAAAUGACUGUUGCACCAGCUUGUGUCUGAAGAGAAACAACUUGGCAGCAUUGGCCCCUUCCCUCCAUCCUUCCAUUCCUCCUUCCCUCCCCCUCUCUCUCAAGGUGACACUAUUCCAUCUGCCCCUUCCUCUUCUUGCCAAUCUCUAUCUCUUAAUUUAAAACCCCCCUUCACACUCUGUCCCUCAAUAUCUCACCUGUUAGGCUCAAGCAUCCUGUGUUUUGAACGUGACAUUUUCUUUUCUUUAUUGUUGCGGCAAGCAAUCACAGUAGCCUGUGUGUGCGUGCGUGUGUAUGUGUGUGUAUGUAUACUGGAGGGAGAUAGAGGUAGAGGUAGACUGUUCACAUAAACAAUGGUCUGAAAGGUAAAAAAAUAUAUAUUUUAUCUCCAUCCCCGUCUGGCCAGAUUGCACUCUGAGUCUGUCUUUUUACUGUGGCAUCAUUCACAGCCAAGUGAGAUCGUUCAUAUGUGGUGUAUCCCGCCAUUGCGCCCUUCAUCUCUCACCACACAGCAUCCCCAAUUUAAUUACCCUCAUCCUCACCCCUCCUUGCCUCAUCCAAAAGGGGGAUAGAGAGGAUGGCUUAGGGGUGGAGGGAUGGAGGGAGGGGUAGACAUGGGAAAAAGAGGGAAUGGGCGUGUUGUGUGUGUGUGUCACUAUGUGUGUGUGUAUUUUAUUUCACCUGUAUUUAACCAGGUAAGCCAGUUGAGAACAAGUUCUCAUUUACAACUGCAAUCUGGCCAAGAUAAAGAAAAGCAGUGCGAUAAAAACAACAACACAGAGUUACAUAUGGGGUAAACAAAACGUACAGUCAAUAACACAAUAGAAAAUCUAAAUACAGUUGAAGUCAGAAGUUUACAUACACUUAGGUUGGAGUCAUUAAAACCCGUUUUUCAACCAAUCGUUUUUCAAAACUCGUUUUUCAACCACAAACUAUAGUUUUGGCAAGUCGGUUAGGACAUCUACCUUGUGCAUGACACAAGUAAUUUUUCCAACAAUUGUUUACAGACAGAUUAUUUCAUUUAUAAUUCAUUGUAUCACAAUUCCAGUGGGUCAGAAGUUUACAUACACUAAGUUGACUGUGCCUUUAAACAGCUUGGAAAAUUCCAGAAAAUGAUGUCAUGGCUUUAGAAGCUUCUGAUAGGCUAAUUGACAUAAUUUGAGUCAAUUGGAGGUGUACCUGUGGUGUAUUUCAAGGCCUACCUUCAAACUCAGUGCCUGUUUGCUUGACAUCAUGGGAAAAUCUAAAGAAAUCAGCCAAGACCUCAACAACAAAAUAAUUGUAGACCUCCACAAGUCUGGUUCAUCCUUUGGAGCAAAUUCCAAACGUCUGAAGGUACCACGUUCAUCUGUACAAACAAUAGUAAGCAAGUAUAAACACCAUGGGACCACGCAGCCGUCAUACCGCUCUGUCUCCUAGAGAUGAACGUACUAUGGUGUGAAAAGUGCAAAUCAAUCCCAGAACAACAGCAAAGGAACUUGUGAAGAUGCUGGGUGAAACAGGUACAAAAGUGUCAAUAUCCACAGUAAAACGAGUCCUAUAUCGACAUAACCUGAAAGGCCGCUCAGCAAGGAAGAAGACACUGCUCCAAAACCCCCAUAAAAAAGCCAGACUACGGUUUGAAACUGCACAUGGGGACAAAGAUCGUACUUUUUGGAGAAAUGUCCUCUGGUCUGAUGAAACACAAAUAUAACUGUUUGGCCAUAAUGACCAUCGUUAUGUUUGGAGGAAAAAGGGGGGUGCUUGCAAGCCGAAGAACACCAUCCCAACCAUGAAGCACGGGGUGGCAGCAUCAUGCUGUGGGGGUGCUUUGCUGCAGGAGGGACUGGUGCACUUCACAACAUAGAUGGCGUCAUGAGGAAGGAAAAUUAUGUGGAUAUAUUGAAGCAACAUCUCAAGACAUCAGUCAGGAAGUUAAAGCUUGGUCGCAAAUGGGUCUUGUCCAAAUCGACAAUGACCCAAAGCAUACUUCCAAAGUUGUGGCAAAAUGGCUUAAGUACAACAAAGUCAAGGUAUUGGAGUGGCCAUCACAAAGCUCUGACCUCAAUCCUAUAGAACAUUUGUGGGCAGAACUGAAAAAGCGUGUGCGAGCAAGGAGGCCUACAAUCCUGACUCAGUUACACCAGCUCUGUCAGGAGGAAUGGGCCAAAAUUCACCCAACUUAUUGUGGAAAGCUUGUGCAAGAAUACCCAAAAUGUUUGACCCAAGUUAAACAAUAUAAAGGCAAUGCUACCAAAUACUAAUUGAGGGUAUGUAAAGUUCUGACCUACUGGGAAUGUGAAAUAAAUAAAAGCUGAAAUAAAUCAUUCUCUCUAAUAUUAUUAAAUAUAUAUAUUAAAUAUUAAAGUGGUGAUCCUAACUGACCCAACAAUUUUUACUAGGAUAAAAAAUAUUUGUAUAAGGUGUAUGUAAACUUCUGACUUCAACUGUACAGUGUGUGCAUAUGUAGUAAGUUAUGGAGGUAAGGCAAUAAAUAGGCCAUAGUGCAAAAUAAUUACAAUUUAGUAUUAACACUGGAAUGAUAGAUGUGCAGAAGAUGAUGUGCAAAUAGAGAUACUGGGGUGCAAAUGAGCAAAAUAAAGAACAAUAUGGGGAUGAGGUAGUUGGGUGGGCUAAUUACAGUGAUCGGUAAGCUGCUCUGACAACUGAUGCUUAAAGUUAGUGAGGGAGAUAAAAGUCUCCAGCUUCAGAGAUUUUUGCAGUUCGUUCCAGUCAUUGGCAGCAGAGAACUGGAAGGAAUGGCGGCCAAAGGAGGUGUUGGCUUUGGGGAUGACCAGUGAGAUAUACCUGCUGGAGCGCAUACUACGGGUGGGUUUUGCUAUGGUGAACAAUGAGCUAAGAUAAGGCGGGAUUUGCCUAGCAGUGAUUUAUAGAUGACCUGGAGCCAGUGGGUUUGGUGACGAAUAUGUAGUGAGGGCCAGCCAACGAGAGCGUACAGGUCACAAUGGUGGGUAAUAUAUGGGGCUUUGGUGACAAAACGGAUGGCACUGUGAUAGACUACAUCCAAUUUGCUGAGUAGAGUGUUGGAGGCUAUUUUGUAAAUGACAUCGCCGAAGUCAAGGAUCGGUAGGAUAGUCAGUUUUACGAGGGCAUGUUUGGCAGCAUGAGUGAAGGAGGCUUUGUUGCGAAAUAGGAAGCCGAUUCUAGAUUUAACUUUGGAUUGGAGAUGCUUAAUGUGAGUCUCGAAGGAGAGUUUACGGUCUACCCAGACACCUAGGUAUUUGUAGUUGUCCACAUAUUCUAAGUCAGACCCGCCGAGAGUAGGGAUUCUAGUCGGGCGGGCAGGUGCAAGCAGCGUUCGAUUGAAGAGCAUGCAUUUAGUUUUUCUAGCGUUUAAGAGCAGUUGGAGGCUACGGAAGGAGUGCUGUAUGGCAUUGAAGCUCGUUUGGAGGUUUGUUAACAGAGUGUCCAAUGAAGGGCCAGAUGUAUACAAAAUGGUGUCGUCUGCAUAGAGGUGGAUCUGAGAGUCACCAGCAACAAGAGCGACAUCAUUGAUAUACACAGAGAAUAGAGUCGGCCCGAGAAUUGAACCCUGUAGCACCCCCAUAGAGACUGCCAGAGGUCCAGACAAGAGGCCCUCCGAUUUGACACAUUGAACUUUAUCUGAGAAGUAGUUGGUGAACCAGGUGAGGCAGUCAUUUGAGAAACCAAGGCUAUUUAGUCUGCCAAUAAGAAUGUGGUGAUUGACGGAGUCGAAUGCCUUGGCCAGGUCGAUGAAGACGGCUGCACAGUACUGUCUUUUAUCGAUCGCGGUUAUAAUAUUGUUUAGGACCUUGAGCGAGGCUGAGGUGCAUCCAUGACCAGCUCAGAAACCAGAUUGCAUAGCGGAGAAGGUACGGUGGGAUUAAAAAAUGGUCGGUGAUCUAUUUGUUAACUUGGCUUUCAAAUACUUUCAAAAGGCAGGGCAGGAUGGAUAUAGGUCUGUAACAGUUUGGAUCUAGAGUGUCACCCUCUUUGAAGAGGGGGAUGACCGUGGCAGCUUUCCAAUCUCUGGGGAUCUCAGACGUUACGAAAGAGAGGUUGAACAGGCUGGUAAUAGGGGUUGCGACAAUUUCAGCUGCUAAUUUUAGAAAGAAAGGGUCCAGAUUGUCUAGCCCAGCUGAUUUAUAGGGGUCCAGAUUUUGCAGCUCUUUCAGAACAUCAGCUAUCUGAAUUUGGGUGAAGGAGAAGCGGGGGGGCAUGGGCAAGUUGCAGCGGAGGGUGCAGAGCUGGUGGCCGGGGUAGGGGUAGCCAGGUGGAAAGCAUGGCCAGCCAUAGCAAAAUGCUUGUUGACAUUUUUUAUUAUCGUAGUGACAGUGUUUCCUAGCCUCAUUGCAGUGGGCAGCUGGGAGGAGGUGCUCUUAUUCUCCAUGGACUUUACAGUGUCCCAAAACGUUUUGGAGUUAGUGUUACAGGAUGCACAUUUCUGUUUGAAAAAGCUAGCCUUCGCUUUCCUAACUGAUUGUGUAUAUUGGUACCUUACUUCCCUGAAAAGUUGCAUAUCGCGGGGGCUGUUCGAUGCUAAUGCAGUACGCCACAGGAUGUUUUUGUGCUGGUCAAGGGCAGUCAAAUCUGGGGUGAACUAGGGGCUAUAUCUGUUCUUAGUUCUGAAUUUUUUGAAUGGGGCAUGCUUAUUUAAGAUGGAGAGGAAAGCACUUUUAAAGAACAACCAGGCAUCCUCUACUGACGGAAUGACGUCAAUAUCCAUCCAGGAUACCCGGGCCAGGUCAAUUAGAAAAGCCUGCUCGCUGAAGUGUUUUAGGGAGCGUUUGACAGUGAUGAGGGGUGGUCGUUUGACCGCGGACCCAUUACGGACGCAGGCAAUGAGGCAGUGAUCGCUGAGACCCUGGUUGAAGACAGCAGAGGUGUACUUAGAGGGUAAAUUAGUCAGGAUGAUAUCUAUGAGGGUGUCCAUGUUUACAGAUUUAGGAUUGUACCUGGUAGGUUCGUUGAUCAUUUGUGUGAGAUUGAGGGCAUAUAGUUUAGAAUGUAGGACGGCCGGGGUGUUAAGCAUAUCCCAGUUUAGGUCACCAAGCAAUACGAACUCUGAGGAUAGAUGGGGGGCAAUCAGUUCACUUAUAGUGUCCAGGGCACACCUGGGGGCUGAGGGGGGUCUGUAGCAAGCGGCAACAGUGAGAGACUUAUUUCUGGAAAGGUGGAUUUUUAGAAGUAGAAGCUCAAACUGUUUGGGCACAGACCUGGAUAGUAUGAUAGAGCUCUGCAGGCUAUCUCUACAGUAGAUUGCAACUCCGCCCCCUUUGGCAGUUCUAUCUAGAUGGAAAAUGUUGUAGCUGGGAAUGGACAUUUCUGAAUCUUUGGUGGCCUUCCUAAGCCAGGAUUCAGACAGUGCUAGAACAUCAGGGUUGGCGGAGUGUGCUAACGCAGUGAAUAACUCAAACUUAGGAAGGAGGCUUCUGAUGUUAACUUGAAAGAAACCAAGGCUUUUGCGGUUACAGAAGUCAACAAAUGAUAGCGCCUGGGGAGUAGGAGUGAUACUGAGGGCUACAGGGCCUGGGUUAACCUCUACGUCACCAGUGGAACAGAGGAGGAAUAGAAUAAGGAUACGGCUAAAGGCUUUAAGAACUGGUCUUCUAGUGCGUUGGGUACAGAGAAUAAAAGGGGCAGAUUUCCGGGCGUUGUAGAAUAGAUUAUGGGCAUUAUGUACAGACAAGGAUAUGGAAGGAUAUGAGUACAGUGGAGGUAAACCUAAGCUUUGGGUAACGAUGAAAGAGAUAGCAUCACUGGAGGCACCGAUUGAGCCGGUCUCCGCGUGUGUGACAAAGGAGCUAUCUGAGGCAGGUUGAGCGGGACUGGGGGCUCUACAGUGAAAACGUACAGUAAGAACUAACCAAAACAGCAGUAGGCAAGGCAUAUUGACAUGGGAGAGAGGCAUAAAGCAAUCACAGGUGUUAUUCGAGAGAGCUAAGACAAUAACUGGUAAUGGCAACGAAAGUUUGAGCUGAGGCUAAACAGAUAAACAGGAUGGGGUACCGUAUAAAGGAACAGUCCAGCAGGCAUCAGCUGUGUAGCUGAGUGAUCAUAAGGUCCAGUGAACAGCAAUAGGUGAGUCCGGGAGCAGUUCAGUGGCUGCUACAGCACAGGCGAGCAGGAGGCACGGCUGUUGAUUGUGUGUGCUUGCGGGCCGGGGAUAGCAGAUGGAUCUUCGUGGUCGUCGCAACGGGAAGCCUGUUGAAACCACAUCAGAUGAUUACGUCGGCAGACCAGUCCUGAUGGAUCGGCGGGGCUCCGUGUCAACACUAGGAGGUCCCAUCCGGUUGACAGAGAGGUAGAUAGCCGGGAGAUGGGCCUGGCUCGAGGCUAGCUCAAGGCUAACUGGGGCUUGCUUCUGGACAGCGGUGAUUAGCCAACAACAACAACAGCCAUUCGGUUGCAGUUAGCUAGUUGCGAUGAUCCAGUGUUAAGGUCCAGUGAUUCAGUGAUCCCGGCAGAAAAUCCGAUAUGCUAUGGCUCGAUAGCGCGAUGUGCAGACUGGCCGAUAAUUGUCCAGGCAAGAGCUGGCUGGUAGGUAGUGCAGGCCACGGACAAUGGUGAAGACCGCUAACGGUGGCUAAUAGCAAGUAGCUAGUUAGCUGGCUAGCUGGCUAGUUUCAAACGGAUUUCUAGAUAAGAAGGUAUAAAGAAAUAAUAGAAUCUGUUCCACAUUGGGUGAGGCGGGUUGCAGGAAAGUAUAUUUAGUUAAAGGAUGGAAAGUGAGAUUGAGAAAUAUAUACGAAAAUGGCAAAAACAAACAAAAGAACAGGCUAUUUACAUGAGGACACUACAGAAAACACGACCGCACUGCUACGCCAUCUUGGAUUAUGUGUGAUGUCUGUGUGUGUGGUAAUGUGUAAGGUUAAGAGGAGGAUCCUCCUCUCCAUGCUAUUGUUCACUCCACACUCCCCACUUGCCUGGCUGAUUAAGUCAGUAUUUCCCUUCUUUCUGUGCUUUACGGUUAACUACAACAACCUUUCUCUUUCCAGUCAACGUCCUAAAGGACCCCAAUUUAUAUUACACCUCUGCUUAUUAGCCAUCAAUGACCUUUGUGCUUAUUCUCCCAUUACAUGUCUGACAUCCAGUCUGAAUGUGUUGUUAUUACCUGGUGCUGUUUGUUGUUAUGUUAAGGUAUUGUUGACAGGCUGUUGUGUUUACACAGGCAGCCCCACAUAUCCCACAGGCUCAGCCUCACCCAUGUCCACCCUGCCGAGAGAGACUGAACUGUCUGCCACGGCAUCCGUCAGCCGUGUGCUGAAGGGUUGAGCCACUACAACGCAAUUACACAUUAAUUUCACCCAGCCCAGGCCAGGCAAGGCAGUCUCCCCUCCCCCUCCAUCCCUUCCUUCCUUCCUUCCUUCCUUCCUUCCUUCCUUCCUUCCUUCCUUCCUUCCUUCCUUCCUUCCUUCCUUCCUUCCUUCUCUGGCUCAGUCUGUCUUCCUCCACUGCACACAAAAAUCCUCUCCAUAUUCUCUCCCUCUCUUUCUGCCCGUUCAUGCCAUUCCAUCUCUCCUUGAUCUGGCUCAAAUUCCCCCCUUUUCCCCUCUGCUCCCUCCUCUCUCAUUUUCCCUCUGUCUUCUUACCCUCUCCCCCGUCAGCUGUAGGUUCAGAGAAAUGCAGAACAAAGGCCAAAAGAGGACAGGUAGUGCAUGCAGAGAGGAAUAGAGGGGAUAUCAUAGGAGAGGGGGAGCAAUGAAAAGAAAGGAAUCUGAAUUAACAUGAACUGCGAGGGGAUGAGAGGAGAGACUGGAAGAACGAGGAAAGAGGGAGGAAGGGGGUUGGUUAUAUAUUGCUGAGCUAGCUGGGGACCCCUGAAUGAGGAAUGGAGGGUGAAGUAGAGACUGGCUCUAAUGUUAUAUUGAUCUGGCACAGCCUGAGGGCACAUAACUCUUACUGUGUGACUGGGACGAGAGAGAGAGAGACUCCAAAUGUCUGAUCGUGGUUAGAUUAAAUUUACCAAGAUUAAACAAAAUGGUACAUUGUUUCAUUCUGUGUAAGAUAGAUAGAGGAAAUAUGAAGAUAAUAUAGAAAAACCUUUUAUCUGUUCAUACCCUGUCAAACAUUAAAUCACCCAUUGGGUUGUUAACAGCCUACUGUUUGACUGAGAGCUGAAUUACACUGGCGUUCUGUUAUCACGCUGUGAAGAACUCCAGCAGCUCCUAUGUUACACUAGCAAUCUGUACUAAUAUUAUAGAUCCUCAGUUUGACAGUGAGAGGGUGACAAGACCCAUUUGUAGUCUAAACAAGUGCUCCUCAGUCUUCACCCCUAUCAUGGGUUUGGCUCAAGCUGAUAGUAGAGCUUUUAAAAUACCAGUGAAUUAUUACCUGAGGUGUGUGUCUAUUGAAAAUGACACAAUAUAGGUGUGUGUGUGUGUGUGUGCACAUGUGUGCACACGUGCAUGUGUUUGGGAUAUGUUGCAGUGAAUUGAAAUGAGUUCAGAGUCCAGGUAUCUGUUCAGUAUCAGUAAUAUCAGAUCAACUCCCUGCAAGAGCUUGAGAUCAGGAGCCACUGGGGAGCACAUUAUGGUGAGAUCACUGAGGAGGGAGGGAGGGAUUAAUGGUGUCGAGGUGUGUGUACGUGUGUGUGUGUGUGUGUGUGUGUGUGUGUGUGUGUGUGUGUAUGGAUGGACGGACGCGUGUGUGUGCGUGCGUGUUUGUGUGUGUGUGAGAGAGAGUGAGAUUCAAUGUAUUCACCAGCAGAGGUGUUGCCAUCAGAGUAUUGAUUCUGCAACACUUUGCUGAAAUACAAAUGAAACAAACAGAUUGGAAAAAUACAUAAACCUAAACAGGCAAUAUAGAGAGAGACUCAUUAACAGAAAAUGUCUAGGGAGUUCCUGGAGUAUAAGGCCUGUUCAGGUACAGGAUUUCAAUAUUCCCCCAUGGAUACAUAAUGAGGUAUUCAUUUAAAUAGAGGUGUCCUGUGUUUCUGUUGUCAAAUGAAGUGGAUGUGCCCCCUCCUAGGUAAUGGCUGUAUUUAAUUUCAUGUAAUGAUCCCCUCCUAUCCUCCCAUUGUGUCCAGGCUUCCAGAGCCGGUGUAUAUACCAUGUGGCUGUCUAUUGGUCUGGACACUGUGGACAGGGGUCAUAGUGGAGGAUUAAUCCAAGCAUAGGAGUUAAAGAAGGUAGGUAGCCUAGUGGUUACAGCGUCACUACUUAAAAUCCCAGAGCCAACAAGGUGAAUAAUCUGUCAAUGUGCCCUUGAGCUCCAGGGUCGCUGUUGGGAAUGGCUGACCCUGGCUGUGACCCCAACCUCAGGGCGAGUUGGGAUAUGACAAAAAAAAGUAACUAUUUCACACAUGCGUAUAAUAUACACAUACGCUUGUAUAUGUGUGAGACAGGACAAAUAUAAGCACCCACCAAAUUAUUAUUAUAAAACUCAUCAUGUUGUGGUCCCUCUCUUAGCACUUGAAUUAAUUAGUCAAUCCGCUCUAAGCCUUCAUGCUCCUGCCUGCUACUAGUAAUCUCUAUCCCCACUGGAGGGACAACUCUAAAGCUGCCACCCCCUGACUUUCCACUUUCCUCUCUCCUUCUCUUUGUUUCUCAUGCAGUCUUUGCCCUCCACAUUCUCUCACCCCGCUACUUCAAUCUCUCCCAGCUCCCGUUUACCCACCUCUCUUCCCCUCUCGCAUUGUAUCUCUCUCCACCCUCUCAAUUUCCCUCAUGUCUUCUCCCACCUCUUCUUCCUCUCUUUCCUUUCCACUCUCGUUCACCCUCAGAUGCCACCAGCAGUUCGCAGCAGGGUUCUAAUUUAAGGAAAUGUAGUACAGCGGCAUGUCGGAUAUUAAUAAUAUAAAAACUCUGAAGACCAUCUCUCUCUCCCCUCUCUCUCUCUCUCUCUCUCUCUCUCUCUCUCUCUCUCUUCUCUCUCUCUCUCUCUCUCUCUCUCUCUCUCUCUCCCUCUCUCUCUCUCUCUCUCUCUCUCUCUCUCUCUCUCUCUCUCUCUCAGAAUCUUGAUAAAAUCAUAAAAGGUCCUUCCAUCCCUCAUCACUCAUUUCCCCUGUCUCCCCCUCCCCUCCUCUCCCCUCCUCCCCCCUCCUCCCUCCUAUCCUGUAAACAUGUUACAUCAAAAUAUUAAAAUGAGAUGGGAAUAGGGUAGAGUCGUGAUGAAUGAGGAAUGGAGAAUAGUGAUGGGUAGGCAGUAGGGAAUAUACUAUUUUGGCUAUUAAGUGGUGCAAAAGCAAUUGCAUGACCCAAACAAAUAAUCCAAUUUCUCUCUGUCUAAAGCCACUCUACUGUGCUUUCUCUCUCACACACAAUCUCUACAAUAUGGUAUCAUCUGUCCUCUUUACUCCUCUCAUCUCUCCCUCUAUAACCCCUAUGUUACUCUGAAAGAAGAUCUCUGUCUCUCUCUGGAGAGGAAUCAGGGGAGUAACUGUUCUUAGACCUCUCCUAGGCCCUCUUAGAAAUUAAUGACAUCGUAAAAACUGUAACCAUUGAACUGAAUCCGAUUGAAUUACUUAGCAUCAUACCCAGCCAUCACCAUGUCUUGAGACAUGUCUUGAGACGUCUUAAGACAUAUAAAUGAAGACAUCUUGAGACGUGUAGAGACCUUUCUUAAGAUUUCUUAGAUAAUGUAGACGUCUUUAAGUCAGUCUAUAGACAUGUCUUGGAAAUACCAAUGUCUUGAGACAUCUGUCUCGCAACAUUUUAUAAUUUAUUGUUGUUUUCAUGUUUUAUUACACUCACUCUAGAACUCUCAUGCACAUUCAUAUUACAAAUUGUAGAUGCAUACCAAAUCCAAGUAAUCAAGAUUUAUUAACCAAAAUAACAAUUUCAGAUGCAAUAAAAUAACUUUUGGUAAAGGUGGUAUUGAGCUCCAAACAAUGCCUAUCUUCAAGUCUUUACAGCCAGAUAGUAAUCUCUUGUUUGGGGAUCUCAGAUCUCAGAGCGGCUCUUCCUUAAUCUGCAGGAAAAUAAAAUGUAAUUAGGUAUCAUAUCAUAAAUACAGCAACAGCAAUAACAAUACCACCUCUACCAUGCUAUUUUUUUGUACCGCACCCCUUUCCUGCAGUCAAAUGACCUAGUGGCCUCAUGGGUGGAAUGUUAUAAAUUUUUUUAUUAUUUCAUAAUUAAUAAAUAUGAUUUCAACAAAACAAACACAGAAAAUCUGGUGUUUCUAUGUCAAACAGUUUUGUUGUAUUUCAGUCUUCUGUGAUGUACAGUACCAGUCAAAAGUUUAGACACACAUACUCAUUCAAGGGUUUUUCUUUACUUUUACUAUUUUCUACAUUGUAGAAUAAUAGCGAAGACAUCAAAACUAUGAAAUAACACAUAUGGAAUCAUGUAGCAACCAAAAAAGUGUUAAACAAAUAAAAAAUAUAUUUGUAUUUGAGAUUCUUCAAAUAGCCACCCUUUGCCUUGAUGACAGCUUUGCACACUUGGCAUUCUCUCAACCAGCUUCACCUGGAAUGCUUUUCCAACAGUCUUGAAGGAGUUCCCACAUAUGCUGAGCACUUGUUGGCUGCUUUUCCUUCACUCUGCCGUCUGACUCAUCCCAAACCGUCUCAAUUAUUAUUUGAGCUGUUCUUGCCAUAAUAUGGAAUUGGUCUUUUACCAAAUAGGGCUAUCUUCUGUAUACCACCCCUACCUUGUCACAACACAACUGAUUGGUUCAAACGCAUUAAGAAGGAAUGAAAUUCCACAAAUGAACUUUUAAGAAGGCACACCUGUUAAUUGAAAUGCAUUCCAGGUGACUACCUCAUGAAGCUGGUUGAGAGAAUGCCAAGAGUGUGCAAAGCUGUCAUGAAGGUUGGCUAUUCGAAGAAUCUCAAAUAUAAAAUAUAUUUUGAUUUGUUAAACACUUUUUUGGUUACUACAUCAUUCCAUAUGUGUUAUUUCAUAGUUUUGAUUUCAUAGUUUUGAUGAGUAGGUGUGUCCAGACUUUUGACUGGUAGUGUAUAUAAAGUGUAAUAUUGGGAUGCAAACUACAUUUACUUAUACAUUUCAACUAUAUAUCUGACAUAGUACAGGUGUCUUAUUUUUUGUAAACCCAUAACCAUGUGUGUGAGAUGUAUACCUUUGUUUCAAAGUAGGGAUGAACAUUUCAGUCAAUUUUGCUGCCGACUAUUUGACCCUCACUAACCAGUCAACAAACGGUUACAUUUUUUCCAAACAGUAAAAUUAUGUGACCAACAGAAAUACUAUCAGAGAUCUGUAUAUAAUGAUGAUAUGCUUAUGUUUCUGCCCUAACAAUGGGAGUCGUCCCAAGUCGGGAAGGCAGGCGACAAGCUGAGGCCCAAAAUAAGCCCAUAGAAACACAUUGGACUUAUUUUGGACAGACUUUGGCGAGGGUGAAACCUCUCGCUUCGCAAAUUCCUCUCUGAUACUAUGCAUGCAUACAAGAAGCGGACAGUUUUUAUUAAGAGCUUAAUGGAAAGAUGCAACAACAGCAAGCCUAUCGUCUUACAGUCAAAAGGCUAUAGCCUAUUAUUGAACAUGCAACUCCUAUAAUGAAGCAGCUAAUAAAAAGUCAUUUUCAAACAUUUGCCUAAAUAAAAUUUGCGGAAAACACAUUUCAAAUCAAAUAAAAAUCAAACCACAUUUAUUUACAAAGCCCUUUUUAUAUAAGCAGAUGUCACAAAGUGCUUAAGUGCAUUCGGAAAGUAUUCAGACCCAUUCCCCUUUUGCACAUUUUGUUAUGUUACAGCCUUAUUCGAAAAUUGAUUUAAACAAAUAUUAAUUAUCAUCAAUCUACACACACUAACCCAUAAUGACAAAGAGAAACAGGUUUUUAGAAAUGUAGCAAAUGUAUUACAAAUAAAACAACAGAAAUACCUUAUUUACAUAAGUAUUCAGACCCUUUGCUAUGAGACUCGAAAUUAAGCUCAGGUGCAUCCUGUUUCCAUUGAUCCUCCUUGAGAUGUUUCUACAACUUCAUUGGAGUCCACCAGUGGUAAAUUCAAUUGAUUGGACAUGAUUUGGAAAGGCACACACCUGUCUAUAUAAGGUCCCACAGUUGACACUGCAUGUCAGAUCAAAAAACAAGCCAUGAGGUCGAAGGAAUUGUCCAUUGAGCUCUGAGACAUGAUUGUGUCAAGGCACAGAUCUGGGGAAGGGUACCAAAAAAUUUCUGCAGCAUUGAUGGUUCCCAAGAACACAGUGGCCUCCAUCAUUCUUAAAUGGAAGAAGUUUGGAACCACCAAAACUCUUCCUAGAGUUGGCCGCCCGGCCAAACUGAGCAAUCGGGGGAGAAGGGGCUUGGUCAGGGAGGUGACAAAGUGCCCGAUGGUCACACUGACAGAGCUCCAGAGUUCCUCUGUGGAGAUGGGAGAACCUUCCAGAAGGACAACCAUCUCUGCAGCACUCCACCAAUCAGGCCUUUAUGGUAGAGUGGCCAGAUGGAAGCCACUCCUCAGUAAAAGUCACAUGACAGCCUGCUUGGAGUUUGCCAAAACUCACAUGUGCCGAAUACAACAGGUGUAGACCUUAACGUGAAAUGCUUACUUACAAGCCCUUAACCAACAAUGCAGUUUUAAGAAAAUAGAGUUAAGAACAUAUUUACUAAAUAAACUAAAGUAAAAAAAUUAAAAAUUAAAAAGUAACACAAUAAAAUAACAAUAAUGAGGCUAUAUACAGGGGGUACCGGUACAGAGUCAAUGUGCGGGGGUACAGGUUAGUCGAAGUAAUUUGUACAUGUAGGUAGGGUUAAAGUGACUAUGCAUAGAUAAUAAACAGCGAGUAGCAGCAGUGUAAAAACAAAAUGGGUAGGGGGGGGGUCAAUAGAAAUAGUCUGGGUGGCCAUUUGAUUAAUUGUUCAGCAGUCUUAUGGCUUGGGAGUAGAAGCUGUUAAGGAACCUUUUGGACCUAGAUUUGGCCCUCCGGUACCACUUGCCGUGCGGUAGCAGAGAGAACAGUCUAUGACUUGGGUGACUGGAGUCUUUGACAAUUUUUUGGCCCUUCCUCUGACACUGCCUAGUAUAUAGGUCCUGGAUGGCAGGAAGCUUGGCCCCAGUGAUGUACUGGGCCGUACGCAUUACCCGCUGUAGCGCCUUACGGUCGGAUGCCGAGCAGUUGCCAUACCAGGCGGUGAUGCAACCGGUCAGGAUGCUCUCUAUGGUGCAGCUGUAGAACAUUUUGAGGAUCUGGGGACCCAUGCCAAAUCUUUUCAGUCUCCUGAGGGGGAAAAGGCGCUGUCGUGCCCUCUUCACGACUUUCUUGGUGUGUUUGGACCAUGAUAGUUUGUUGGUGAUGUGGACACCAAGGAACUUGAAACUCUCUACCCGCUCCACUACAGCCCUGUCAAUGUGAAUGGGGGCAUGUUCGGCCCUCCUUUUCCUGUAGUCCACGAUCAUCUCCUUUGUCUUGCUCACGUUGAGGGAGAGGUUGUUGUCCUGGUACCACACUUCCAGGUCUCUGACCUCCUCCCUAUAGGCUGUCUCGUCGUUGUCGGUGAUCAGGCCCACCACUGUUGUGUCGUCAGCGAACUUAAUGAUGGUGUUGGAGUCGUGCUUGGUCACGCAGUCGUGGGUGAACAGGGAGUACAGGAGGGGACUAUGCAUGCACCCCUGAUGGGCCCCAGUGUUGAGGAUCAGCUGAUGUGUUGUUGCCUACCCUUACCAACUGGGGGCGGCUCGUCAGGAAGUCCAGGAUCCAGUUGCAGAGGGAGAUGUUUAGUCCCAGGGUCCUUAGCUUAGUGAUGAGCUUUGUGGGUACUAUGGUGUUGAACGCUGAGCUGUAGUCAAAGAACAGCAUUCUCACAUAGGUGUUCCUUUUGUCCAGGUGGGAAAGGGCAGUGUGGAGUACGAUUGAGAUUGCGUCAUCUGUGGAUCUGUUGGGGCGGUAUAUCCUUUGCGUCAGACUCAUUAAAGAAAAUGAUUCGUCCAGUUUGAGGUGAGUAAUCGCUGUUCUAAUCUCCAGAAGCUCUUUUCGGUCGUAAGAGACAGUAGCAUCAACAUUAUGUACAAAAUAAGUUACAAACAAUGCAAAGAAACACACAAAAUAGCACAAUUGCUUAGGAGCCCGUAAAACGGCAGCCAUUCCCUCCGGCGCCAUUGUUGGCACCUAAAGGACUCUAAAGGACUCUCUAAAUGAGCCUCAGACCAUGAGAAACAAGAUUUUCUGGUCUGAUGAAACCAAGAUUGAACUCUUUGGCUGGAAUAUCCAAGAUGGCGUAGCAGUGCGGUCGUGUUUUCUGUAGUGUCCUCGUGUAAAUAGCCAGUUUUUUAGUUUUUUGUCUAUUUUGUAUAUAUUUCUCAAUUUUACUUUUUUACUUUUCAUUCUUUAACUAAAUACACUUUCCUGCAACCCGCCUCACCCAACGUGGAAAGGAUUCUAUUAUUUCUUUAUAACUUUUAUCAAGAACCUUAAGCUGAAACUAGUCUAGCUGCAACCGAAUGGCUGUGGUAGCCAGCUAGCUAGCUACUUGCUAUUAGCCACCGUUAGCGGUCUAAACCAUUGUCCGUGGCCUGCACUACCCACCAGCCAGCUCUAGCUCUAGCCUGGCCAAUUUGUCGGCCAGUCUGCACAGCGUGCUAUUGACCCAGAGCAUAUCGGAUUUUCUGGACCCUAACGCCGGAUCAUCGCAACUAGCUAGCUGCAACCGAAUGGCUGUUGUCGUUGGCUAAUUACCAUUGCCCCUUCGCAAGCACCAGUUAGCCUUGAGCUAGCCUCGAGCCAGGCCCAUCUCCCGGCUAUCUACCGCUCUGUCAACCGGACGGGACCUCCUACUGUUGACACGGAGCCCCGCCGAUCCAACAUGACUGGUCUGCCGACGAAAUCGUCUGAUGUGGUUUCAACAGGCUUCCCGUUACGACGUCGACCACGAAGAUCCAUCUGCUAGCCCCGGCCCGCUAGCACACGCAAGCCGUGCCUCUUGCUCGCCAGUGCUGUAGCAGCCCCCAAACUACCUCCGAACUCUCCUAUUGCUGUUCACUGGACCUUAUGAUAACUCAGCUAUACAGCUGAUGCCUGCUGGACUGUUCCUUUAUACGGUACCGCAUCCUGUUUAUGUUUAGCCUCAGCCCAAACUUUGUCGCCAUUACCAGCUGUUGUCUUAGCUCUCUCGAAUAACACCUGUGAUUACUUGAUGCCUCUCUCCCAUGUCAAUAUGCUUUGCUUAUUGCUGUUUCGGUUAUUUCUUAUUGUACUAUUUCACUGUAGAGCCCCCAGUCCAGCUCAACCUGCCUUAGAUAGCUCCUUUGUCCCACCCCCCAUACAAACGGAGACCGAAGUGAUGCUAUCUCUUUCAACGUUACCCAACGCUUAGGUUUACCUCCACUGUACUCAUAUCCUUCCAUAUCCUUGUCUGUACAUAAUGCCCUGAAUCUAUUCUAUAACGCCCGGAAAUCUGCCCCUUUUAUUCUCUGUAUCCAACGCACUAGAAGACCAGUUCUUAAAGCCUUUAGCCGUAUCCUUAUUCUACUCCUCCUCUGUUGCUCUGGUGAUGUAGAGGUUAACCCAGGCCCUGUAGCCGCCAGUAUCACUCCUACUCCCCAGGCGUUAUCAUUUGUUGACUUCUGUAACCGUAAAAGCCUUGGUUUCUUGUACGUUAACAUCAGAAGCCUCCCCCCUAAGUGUGAGUUAUUCACUGUGUUAGCACACUACGCCAACCCUGAUGUUCUAGCAGUGUCUGAAUCCUGGCUUAGGAAGGCCACCAAAAAUUCAGAAAUGUCCAUCCCCAACUACAACAUUUUCCGUCUAGAUAGAACUGCCAAAGGGGGUGGGGUUGCAAUCUACUGUAGAGAUAGCCUGCAGAGCUCUAUCAUACUAUCCAGGUCUGUGCCCAAACAGUUUGAGCUUCUACUUCUAAAAAUCCACCUUUCCAGAAAUAAGUCUCUCACUGUUGCCGCUUGCUACAGCCCCCCCUCAGCCCCGAGCUGUGCCCUGGACACCAUAUGUGAACUGAUUACCCCCCAUCUAUCCUCAGAGUUCGUACUGCUUGGUGACCUAAACUGGGAUAUGCUUAACACCCCGGCCAACCUACAAUCUAAACUAGAUGCCCUCAAUCUCACACAAAUGAUCAACGAACCUACCAGGUACAAUCCUAAAUCUGUAAACAUGGGCACCCUCAUAGAUAUCAUCCUGACAAAUUGACCCACUAAAUACACCUCCGCUGUCUUCAACCAGGAUCUCAGCGAUCACUGCCUUAUUGUCUGCGUCCAUAAUGGGUCCUUGGUCAAACGACCACCCCUCAUCACUGUCAAAUGCUCCCUAAAACACUUUAGCGAGCAGGCCUUUCUAAUUGACCUGGCCUGGGUAUCCUGGAUGGAUAUUGACCUCAUUCCGUCAGUAGAGGAUGCCUGGUUGUUCUUUAAAAGUGCUUUCCUCUCAAUCUUAAAUAAGCAAAAAUUCAGAACUAAGAACAGAUAUAGCCCCUGGUUCUCGUCAGACUUGACUGCCCUUGACCAGCACAAAAACAUCCUGUGGCGUACUGCAUUAGCAUCGAACAGCCCCCGCGAUAUGCAACUUUUCAGGGAAGUCAGGAACCAAUAUACACAAUCAGUUAGGAAAGCGAAGGCUAGCUUUUUCAAACAGAAAUAUGCAUCCUGUAGCACUAACUCCAAAACGUUUUGGGACACUGUAAAGUCCAUGGAGAAUAAGAGCACCUCCUCCCAACUGCCCACUGCACUGAGGAUAGGAAACACUGUCACCACCGAUAAAUCUAUAAUAAUCGAGAAUUUCAACAAGCAUUUUGCCACGGCUGGCCAUGCUUUCCACCUGGCUACCACUACCCAGGCCACCAGCUCUGCACCCUCUGCUGCAACUUGUCCAUGCCCCCCCUGCUUCUCCUUCACACAAAUUCAGACAGUUGAUGUUCUGAAAGAGCUGAAAAAUCUGGACCCCUACAAAUCAGCUGGGCUAGACAAUCUGGACCCUUUCUUUCUAAAAUUAGCCGCCUAAAUUGUCGCAACCCCUAUUACUAGCCUGUUCAACCUCUCUUUCGUAACGUCUGAGAUCCCCAGAGAUUGGAAAGCUGCCACGGGCAUCCCCCUCUUCAAAGGGGGUGACACUCUAGAUCCAAACUGUUACAAACCUAUAUCCAUCCUGCCCUGCCUUUCGAAAGUAUUUGAAAGCCAAGUUAACAAACAGAUCACCGACCAUUUCGAAUCCCACCGUACCUUCUCCACUAUGCAAUCCGGUUUCCGAGCUGGUCAUGGGUGCACCUCAACCACGCUCAAGGUCCUAAACGAUAUUAUAACCGCGGUCGAUAAAAGACAGUACUGCGCAGCCGUCUUCAUCGACCUGGCCAAGGCUUUCGACUCUGUCAACCACCGCAUUCUUAUUGGCAGACUAAAUAGCCUUGGUUUCUUAAAUGACUGCCUCGCCUGGUUCACCAACUACUUCUCAGACAGAGUUCAAUGUGUCAAAUCGGAGGGCCUGUUGUCUGGACAUCUGGCAGUCUCUAUGGGGGUGCCACAGGGUUCAAUUCUCGGGCCGACUCUAUUCUCUUUGUAUAUCAAUGAUGUCGCUCUUGCUGCUGGUGACGCUCGGAUCCACCUCUAUGCGGACGACACCAUUUUGUAUACAUCUGGCCCUUCAUUGGACACUGUGUUAACAAACCUCCAAAUGAGCUUCAACGCCAUACAACACUCCUUCCGUAGCCUCCAACUGCUCUUAAACACUAGUAAAACUAAAUGCAUGCUCUUCAACCGAACGCUGCUUGCACCCGCCCACCCGACUAGAAUCACUACUCUCGGCGGGUCUGACCUAGAGUAUGUGGACAACUACAAAUACCUAGGUGUCUGGUUAGACUGUAAACUCUCCUUCCAGACUCACAUUAAGCAUCUCCAAUCAAAAGUUAGAUCUAGAAUCGGCUUCCUAUUUCUCAACAAAGCCUCCUUCACUCAUGCUGCCAAACAUGCCCUCGUAAAACUGACUAUCCUACCGAUCCUUGACUUCGGCGAUGUCAUUUACAAAAUAGCCUCCAACACUCUACUUAGAAAAUUGGAUGUAGUCUAUCACAGUGCCAUCUGUUUUGUCACCAAAGCCCCAUAUACUACUCACCAUUGUGACCUGUACGCUCUUGUUGGCUGGCCCUCACUACAUAUUCGUCACCAAACCCACUGGCUCCAGGUCAUCUAUAAAUCACUGCUAGGCAAAUCCCCGCCUUUUCUUAGCUCACUGGUCACCAUAGCAACAUCUACCCGUAGUCUGCGCUCCAGCAUGUAUAUCUCACUGGUCAUCCCUAAAGCCAACACCUCCUUUGGCCGCCAUUCCUUCCAGUUCUCUGCUGCCAAUGACUGGAACGAACUGUAAAAAUCUCUGAAGCUGGAGACUCUUAUCUCCCUCACUAACUUUAAGCAUCAGUUGUCAGAGCAGCUUACUGAUCACUGCACCUGUACACAGCCAUUAUGAAAUUAGCCCACCCAACUACCUCAUCACCAUAUUGUUAUUUAUUUUGCUAAUCUGCACCCCAGUAUCUCUAUUUGCACAUCCUCUUUUGCAUAUCUAUCAUUCCAGUGUUAAUACGAAAUUGUAACUCUUUUGCACUAUGGCCUAUUUAUUGCCUUACCUCCAUAAUUUACUACAUUCGCACACACUGUAUAUAUAUAUAUAUAUAUUUUUUUUUUAAUUGACUUUAUGUUUUGUUUACCCCAUAUGUAACUCUGUGUUGUUGUUUUUAUCGCACUGCUUUGCUUUAUCUUGGCCAGGUCGCAGUUGUAAAUAAGAACUUGUUCUCAACUGGUUUACCUGGUUAAAUAAAGGUUAAAUAAAUAAAUAAAUAAAAUCACGUCUGGAGGAAACCUGGCGCCAUACCAACGGUGAAGCAACAUUUAAUCCAUUUUAGAGUAAGGCUGAAAUGUAACAAAAUGUGGAAAAAGUCAAGGGGUCUGAAUACUUCAGAAUGCACUGUAUACAGAAACCCAGCCUAAAACCCCAAACAGCAAGCAAUGCAGAUGUAGAAGUUCCGUGGCUUGGAAAAACUCCCUAGUUCUAAACUGCGCACCUAAUACGAGCAGUUCCAUAUGUGACAGAGAUGAACAUCUCCAAUAGAAACUUAGAAAGAGGGGGAAUCUAAUAGCAACUACUAUGAUCGGUUGCUAAUAUGACUAUGAUUGCGCCUUUGGCUUCUGGACAACGAAAGAAAGUUGAUAUAAAAACCAAUAGAACAGGAGAGAAAUGCUGGUUAAUGGCAUGAGGAAGUCUUUAUAAAUGAAUCGUCUCCACGUUUCCAUGGAAGGAUUUUCGCAAGGCUACUUUGAAGCAAGGUAAGACAUGUCUCAGUAUUUGAAGUAAAAUAAAAAGUUCAGGUUUCAAACAAUUAUACUGCCCCAAGCUCACAUAGCAAAGUGGUGGGUGACACACUGAUAGUCAACCGUAGGCAGGCUAUAGCAUCCGAAUGGCAAAUGGGAGGUACUCUUUUCGCGUUGAGAUUGAGAAAUAAAAAUAGCUCCUUUUUAAUCGUGGCCACAAGUUUUUAACACGCGAUUGCAUUUAGAAAUUGUAUUUGUUGCGCAAUGACUGGGCUAACAAAAGCAGGUUUCACUCCAGUAGCCUACAGGCUGACAGGUGGUAGGCUAUUCCGCUCCUCAAACAAGACUGUAUGCUGUGCGAGUGUGAUAAAUAAAAUGCAAAACGACUAACGAAAGUAGACACAUGCCAAUUUAAUUCCACAAAAUUAUGCAAAUUACCUAUAGACCGAUAAGCAUGACCGGUCAAAUAUAUUUUCGGCGGCUAACCGAUUAAAGUUAACCGUUAACAUCCCUAUUUCAAAGUAGAUUUGUUUAAGAACAAAAGUGUCUCAAGAUGGCUCAGGACAAAGGUGAUGGCUGAGAACAAAGGUGAUGGCUGGGCAUGAUUUAUGCACUGCUCUUAUACUGAAACGUUUUUGAAAAUGUGUACCUUACCUGACAUGAAUAUACACUAUAUAUACAAAAGUAUGUGGACACCCCUUCAAAUUAGUGGAUUCAGCUAUUUCAGCCACACCCAUUGCUGACAGGUGGAUAAAAUCGAGCACACAGCCAUGCAAUCUUCAUAGACAAACAUUGGCAGUAGAAUGGCCUUACUGAAGAGCUCAGUGACAUUCAACGUGGCACCGUCAUAGGAUGCCACCUUUCCAACAAGUCAGUUCGUCAAAUUUCUGCACUGCUAGAGCUGCCCCGGUCAACUGUAAGUGCUGUUAAUGUGAAGUGGAAAAGUCUAGGAGCAACAAUGGCUCAGCCGCGAAGUCUUAGGCCACACAAGCUCACAGAACGGGACCGGCAAGAGCUGAAGCGUGUAGCGAGUAAAAAUCGUCUGUCCUCGGUUGCAACACUCACUACGAGUGUUCCAAACUGCCUCUGGAAGCAAGGUCAGCACAAUAACUGUUUGUUGGGAGCUUCAUGAAAUGGGUUUCCAUGGCCGAGCAGCCGCACACAAGCCUAAGAUCACCAUGCACAAUGCCAAGCGUCGGCUGGAGUGGUGUAAAGCUUGCCUCUGGACUCUGGAGCAGUGGAAACGCGUUCUCUAGAGUGAUGAAUCACGCUUCACCAUCUGGCAGUCCAACGGAUGAAUCUGGGUUUGGCAGAUGCCAGGAGAACGCUACCUGCCCCAAUGCAUAGUGCCAACUGUAAAGUUUGGUGGAAGAGGAAUAAUGGUCUGGGGCUGUUUUUCAUCGUUCGGGCUAGGCCCCUUAGUUCCAUUGAAGGGAAAUCUUACUUUUGGUCAUGUAGUGUAACACGUUGUCCUCCUUUUCACCUCUUCCCAUAUUUACUGACUGACUGGGGCUUUGGCCUAAUCUUUCUUUAAUGAUGAAUCAAUAAUAGAUCCUGAUUUUUCUAGCCAAUUAAUUACUGUGAAUCCUCCCAUCUUCUGAGCAAAGCUUCCUCUAUUCAAGGUGGACUAAACCCACCCACUCUGGGCCCCCAUCUAACAGGUCAUGAUUAGCCUAACAGUUAAAGAGAGAAGAUGAGGCCAAAGCCCCAGUCAGUCAGUAAAUAUGGGAUGAGGGGAAAAAGAGGUCAACGUGUUAUAUUCAUGCCAGGCAAGGGACACAUUUUCCAAAAAGUUUCAGUAUGAGAGCAGUGCAAAAAAUAUUACGAUCAUUCAAUCGGUUUGUUACAGUUUUUACAAUGUCAUUAAUUUCUAAGAGGGCCUAGGAGAGGUCUAAGAACAGUUACUUCCCUGAUUCCUCAACAGAGAGAGAGAUAGUGAUCUUCUUUCAGUCAUACUGUGGUUAUAGAGGGAGAGAUGAGAGGGGGGAAGAGGACAGAUUAUACCUUAUUGUAGAGCUACUAGCGCUGACUUUACUGAAAAUGUACAUGCUACGAUUGUGAUGUGUUGUUGUCUCACCUAGCUAUCUUAAAAUUAAUGCCAUAAUGUAAGUGUCUGCUAAAUGAGUAAAAUGUAGGUAGCUUUCCUCUCCGUUGUACUUCAUCAUUCCUCAUGAGUCACUCACUUUUCAUUCAUCUCUCUCUCUCUCUCUCUCUCUCUCUCUCUCUCUCUCUCUCUCUCUCUCUUCUCUCUCUCUCUCUAUCUAUCUAUCUAUCUAAUCUAUCUAUCUAUCUAUCUAUCUAUCUAUCUAUCUAUCUAUCUAUCUAUCUAUCUAUCUAUCUAUCUAUCUAUCUAUCUAUCUAUUCUAUCUAUCUAUCUAUCUAUCUAUCUAUCUAUCUAUCUAUCUAUCUAUCUAUCUAUCUAUCUAUCUAUCUAUCUAUCUAUCUAUCUAUCUAUCUAUCUAUCUCUCUAUCUCUCUAUCUCUCUCUCUCUCUGCCAUGCUGUUUCUGUCCCUGGCUGUCACAGAGCUCUCUGCCCCUCAUCUCCUUCUUUCCUCUGUGAAAUCUCUCUCUCUUUGUGCGACUCCCUCAUAAUGGAACUAAGUCAGCUUCAGGGGAACAGAAGCUCCGACACCCCUUGCUACUCUUACGCCCCUCAACCAGGCCCUAUGACUGGGUCUCAGAUGACAGGUCACUUCACACACACACACACACACACACACACACACACACACACACACACACUAAUUGCGCAUAGAGACAAUCACAUCCUUAGAGACCUAAUAACAUCUGACCUCUACUUAAAAUGUAUCUUUUUGUAUUCCCUUGAGUCCCUAUAAUCAGUUUUUAUUAUUACACACACACACACACACACACACACACACACACACACACACACACACACACACACACACACACACACACACACACACACACACACACACACACACACACACACACACACACACACACACACACACACACACACACACACCUCAUGGUUCCCAGUAAAGUGUAUUAUUUACUGGCAGCCCUUCCCUCCAAGCAGUAAAUAAGUAAUGAGAACAUUGUUAAAAUUCUGCUGGUAUUCCAUCGCGCUCUACCUCCCAACCCUCUCUUUCGCUCCUCUUACAAAUGCAAAAGGAAGCUUUACUAGAAAGGUAGAAAUCUCUCCUUAUCAUAUUCCUCUCUCCUCCCAUACUACAUCCCUCCAGUCAUGCUCCUCAGAGCUUUUAUCCCUCACCUACACAACAACACAGAAACUCUCUCUGUUUGAAUCUCUGUCAAAUACUGUUCUCUCUCAGCUUUUCAUUUACCACUCAUGCAUACAUAAUGAUUUCAAUUAGUAUUUUCCAAGACAAGUGCUUAUGAGUCCUUGCUUCCUCCAAUAAUGCAUUACAGUAAUGUGCAUGAGAACAAUUCUCAUUCUGGUUUUCAGUCAGUACACACCUCAUAUUGUCAGUGUAAAUUUGAAAAGCUAUUUGCAUUUCCCAAUAUUAGCAUGCGUUAUAUCUUACCUAUUCAACAUUGAGACUUUUGGUCUAUAUGUACACACUACAUUUGGUCUGUAUAUGAAGAGUUUAAUUGCAAAACACUAUAAAUCAUUUUUCAGAAAUGUUGGUAACUAACUAACUUGAUGGUUUCAUUUUGAGAGACAAAUAAUCAUGUUUUGUUGCAAUACGCUAUAUAUUCUCCUCACUCACAGAGAAAAAGUAGCACUGCUAGAUUUUACACAGUCAAAUGUGACAAAUAAGUACAUUUGUAAUAAAGAACUGUACCAAUGAUACAUUUGUGACAUCAAUAAAACAAACAAAUGAAACUGAAUCAAUACAGUAAUAUGACAUUUGUAUGUAAAAUAUUUACAUUUUACAUUUGCCAUUUAGCAGAUGAUCUUAUCCAGAGCAACUUACAGUUAGUGCAUUCAUCUUAAGAUAGCUAGGCGAGAUAACCACAUGUCACAGUCAAACAUAUACAGCAUAAGAACAUUCAAUUCCAGCUAAAAGAUGGACAUAUAGUGUGUUGCAACAAAACCCAUUUUAAUACAAAUCUGAAAACACAUUUCUGAUGAAUAAACACAGAUGUGAAAAAUUGGUGGAUAUGGCAUUUUGGAACCAAACUCUUUAAUAUGUACACCCGUACUGCAAAUACAUAAAUGGUUCCAUUGUAGUUGGUUCCAUUACAGUGCAUAUUUUCAGAGUGUAUGGCACAAUACACAGCAAUGUCAAUACACCACAGUGGAAUAACACUCCACUAGAGACCUAUAGACACAGACGGGACUGGUAAAGUGCCCCCAUAUGGAACAAAACAUACUGGUUGACAGAAUGCUGACAGACAUACAGAACACAGAGGUAAUGUUGACAAAAUGUGGACGAGGAAACUACACCAAUAGAGUGUAGACAUACAGACGGAACAGAAAUACAGUGUGACCAUCGCCAGAGCAGAAGAACAAGAACUGAACUUGUGAAUACAUACAGUCAGAAUAGAGUCAGAGAUUUACCACAGACAGAGGUCAAAGCUGCACAACAGAUGAGGCCCCCUUUUCUACAUCUGCCCCUUGGAUAGAUGAAGAGGUGAAGGAGGUGGAGGGAUGGAUGGUGAAAUGACAUUUAGGCUAGACGAGGGACCAUCAAAGUCCAAGGAUGCACUAUGCUAAAAUAGAUGCCCUCUGAUUUGUUUCUGUCUUGCAGAAUAGGCAGUUGAUAUUUUAGCCAAUUUUGACCUUUUCUGUUGAGAUAGAGAUCUUCAGCAGCCUAACAUUUUGGAAAGGGUGAAGCAUAAGGAUAACCGAGUCUGAGAUCUGAGUGUAAGUGUGUGUGCGCAUGAGUGGGUUUGUGUGUAUGUGUGCAUGUGUGUGUGCACGUGCGUGGGUGGGUGUUGAGUAAAAUGUAGGGAGCUGAACUGAAGCGUCUGUAAGCCUGUUGGGUCAGUCAGACAGCGUGAAAUCCUGUUUCAAACUGGCUCAGACAGACAGAGAGGGCCUAUAGCUCCAUGUACCAAACACAUAGCCAGUCAAUGGGUGUAUUUACUGUAGAUGUGUAGUCUGUAUGGGACAAUGCUUUUUGGCAGCCUUGCUGUGUUAUGGACAAAUCUGUGCUUUGAUGCAUUUUUAUAAGAGUAAGAGUACUGAAGUGUGUGCCUGCGUGUGUGUGUGUGACCGUGUGUUUGUAGGCUGUCAUUCUCAUUUUAAUACGUGUUAUUUCUUACAAUGUACAGUUUGUUGCGAUUCACUGCUUUAAUCCUCUCUGUCCCCUGGUUAGUCUCAUAGCUCUGCUUGGCUCUAAAGUAAUUGGCAUUGUGACUGUUGCAAAUGUGCCAACAGAGCUGUUUUUAAGAUUGAAAUUAGACAAUGAACAGCACUAAAAUGUAGCUUGAUAUUCAGAGAGGGAGAGAGGGUGAAGGGAGGUCAAGGAAGAUAUACUAAUUGAGGGAAUACACAAGUAUUGUGCAAACCAAACAGGUGCAUAUCUAUAUCUGUUGGCAGCAUUUUAACCUUUGUGUUAUCAACGUUUGUAUUGUUAGCAUUUUGAAAGCUAUACUGCCAAAAGCCCUCUCUCCACCCCCACCCACUCUCUCUCCCACACAGUCAUUUACAUCACAUUCCUAGGCUGUGUUCCAUAUUUAAAUUCAUCCCAUCACACACCUGUUAUCCAAUUGCUCUGUCUUCCUCUCUUUUCUGUGUGUCAGGGCAUCAACUCAUUUAAAUUCACAGGUGGUCAGAGGCUUUUUUAAUGUAAUUUAUGCUUGUCUAGUACAGUUUAUAUCCCAUAUAAUUAUUGGUACCUUAUCAUAUACGCAAUUGGUACUUGUAAUCCUCCCAAGGACCGAAGGAAAUGGAAGAUACAUACAGUAUGUCACAUAUAUAUGAAUAUUGACAAAUGUGUAUUGAUAGUGCACCUUGAUUGUGCAUUAUUUCAUGUAGAUUUUAGUAGCUCUCUCUCUCUCCUUCUGCCCUGUUAUAUGCUACCUGCAUAGUGCAAACAGAUCAUCAGGCUGUCUGGAACAUGCCCUGUGUUUCCCACAGAGAGAGACAUAGAAAGAGGAAGAGAGCAAGAGAGAGAGAGCAUGAGGGGGAGGAUGGGUAGCAAAUAAGGUGUGGGCAAAAUAUGGGGGACUAGGGGAGGGGGCCAGAGAGAGAGAGAGAGAGAGAGAGAGAAGGAGGGAUGGAGAACAGUGUUGCAUCCAGUAGAAUCUUAUUCAGCAGUAGCAGCAGCAGCAGGCAUGCUUGAUGGUGCGGCAGAACCGCCUUUGUGUUCUCCGCUGCAGUGGGGGAGCGCAUUUAUCGUUGCGCCUGAGGGGAGAAGCCAAGACUAUCCUCCAAUCAGCCGUCAGUGAUUUCUAUAAUCUUCUAGAGUCUGCUGAUGGUGAUUUAUGUCGAACCUGAGAGAGGCACUUCACACUCUGACUCUACACACCACCUGGAUGGAAUCCUCUCAACGCUUUUAUUCCUAAUUGUGGGUUUUUAAAAGAAAGACCAACAGACAAAAGGUGGAUUACUACAGAGCUGCUGUCUCACAUUCUUGAAUGUAUGCUCUUUCCUCCCUGCAGUACAAGAUGGAUGAACUUUCUUUUUAUGGGGCUCUAGUUUGAGCUUUGUUUUGGUCUGUGAGGACACAGAGGGACAGAAGUGCUCUCAAGCUUGAUUAUUGCAGUAAUCUGGAAGAGGGAAUACUCUCAUAUCAUUCCUCAUCAUUACAAUUUGCAUGUCCUCUCUUUCUUUCCUCCGUGAGUCUGUUGCAUCCUGUAUGAGUCCAUACCUGUUGACUCAGAUCAUUCACAUGGCAGGCUCUGGGUUUCAAACGAGAGGUUUUACAGUACUAGCCAGGUAAGAUUAGAAUUCACAUACAUCCUCAUGCGAUGAUAGGCUUUAUCUGGAGCUGGAGAUGGAGAGAGCGUAGGAACCGUUGGGACAUUUGACACGCCUGUUUGGCUUUCAGCACCUGCUGUGACUGUCUGACACAGUUCUACAGCUAGAUUGGCUAAUGGCAGCUCUCUAGUGCUUACUGCCUAACCUAGCAGACUGGGAGGGGUUUUUCAAGUGUGUGUGCAUGUCUCUGUGUGUGUGUGUGUGUGGCCUUUUAUAUUGGAGUUGGUUAUAUAUUGUGUGUAUGUUCCAGUGUUAAGGAUUACACUGAGUGUCUGUAGCGAUUACAGGUGCAGACAGGGAGGUUUUGAGGAAGGAUUACAGAAGCUAACACCUUGUUGCUGCCAGGAGGGUGGCUGGACAGAGGUUUACAUUUCAAAGCGUACAACGUUGAGUGGUGUGCAGACUGCAGGGUCUCCUGGAGGAAGUACUGAUAAGACUUAAAGGUUUAACCCAGGUGAUGAGACAGACAGAGAGAGGGGAGAGGACGGGAGAGAUACACGCUCAUGGAGAAAUGGUUACAAGGUUACAGUAUAAUGUAAUACCUUUCUACUUGAGCAUGCAUUAUCUUAGAGAUUGAGAGAGAAAGGCAGACAGAGGGUAAUUAAAGAAUGAGUGCAGGAUUUAAGUCAAUAUACUGAUUUAGCCCACUUAAACAGUGGAAGCACGGGUUGAAUGAGAGAUACAAAUGAGAGGAGAAGAGACAAAGUGAAAGACUAUCAAUUAACACAUUUCAAUGAGGAAAAUAAAGAUCCUUAACCUCAAUCUUUCAAAUAAAAAGCACGUUAUUUUACACGGCUUAUCAUUGGUGGUCUUGAUGGCAACUAGUCCUGAUUCUCCCAAUAGUCCUGCAAACACAACAUGCAAUUGAAUCCCUUAGUGCAUUUGAUAUUGAUUUUAAAACAUGACUGAGUAGGAGGGUUCCUGGUCUCUGCCUAACAGGUCUAUAAUUGAAUUAUAAUCUUCCAUUCAGUGACACCCUGGAGCAAUAGCCUCCAGUGUUCCAGUGGGUUGGAAACACUUUGGUUUAGUUAAUAAAUGAACCAUAAUGUCAAAAGAGCUGGCUGGAAACCUGACAAAACACCUAGCUGAACCAACCAGUCUGUCUCACACACCCUUCAGCAGACAACAGUAAUCUGUUUUCCUCAAACACUCCACAUUUAAAUGACAUACAUUUUGUUUGUAGACGUGUUCACUGAAACAGCUUCAUCCUGAAAGUGGUCUUUAGCGGUUGUUAUUCUGACAGAUACAGACCAUCAGGCAGAGAGGUGUAGUUGGGACAACAGCGACUUCCUGGUGCGUUGUUGCCUCACUGUGAUGCGUGUGCAGGUGUCUGUGUUAUUGCGUUUCGUGUACCCAAUACACACUGCUUAUCUUAGCUCGACAACCAGGGUUUGAGUUUCAAGCAGUAGGCUAGAUGGUUCUGUGGGAAGAUUCUCUCUCUCUCCUCUUCAUCAGUUUCAAUGGGGGUAAACCAGGAAAUGUCAAUGACCAUAAGCACCAAUGAAAAGGUCCUGAGGAGUCCAUUUAUCCUGAAGAGGUGAAAGUACCAGAGCAAAAGAGGAGCGAAACCUGGGAAAAGACUCAAGCAAUCCUUCUAAACCUGGAAAGCGAAAAAGGUGUGAAACUCGAGGAGGAGUGUUAGGGAAAAAGAGGGUGAGAAGUUAUUUGAUAUCGGUGCCGUUUGCAUCUGAAACUUUGAAAGUGUUUCUUGGAUAGAGUGCUUGGACCAGGGGAAAAACGUGGGUGAGUUUACUUCGAGUUCCAUUGGGAAAAACUCAGCUAGUUCAGAGAGACAGCUCACAUAGCGAGACUGUUCCACAGAAAUUAGAAGUGGUUAUUAGGUUAUUUAAUCAUUAUUAUAUAGUUAUGAUAGACUGUCUUAGAUACAUUACAACAAAAUAACAGAGAUCAUCUGUCAGUCUUUCUUUCCAACCCAUCCUCAGCUCCCUUGUCACCUUAGUCAUCCCUUACUCCCCUUUCUACUCCCAGUCCAAAGAGCACGAUGGAGUCACGCAAAACCUAACCUGAACUAACCACUCCAAGCAUAUGAAGACAAACAAAGAUUUUUGUACUCUGUGAUGGGGACAGAAACAGAUGGGAAGACAUACAAAACCCUUUUCUAAAUGUAUGGAUCACUACAGGAUGGUAAAACUUGAAAUCUGACUAAAAAGAGGAGAGGAACAGGACACAUACCUGGUUAAAAUAAAGGUGAAAUAAAAAAUAAAAACAGGGAUAGGGACACAGACUGUUUUUGGGGACAGAGAACCUCUGGGAUCCAUAAUCCACAGUGCCCUGACAUAAGAGGGGUUGACACUCAGACCCUGUUGGUCGGUGGGGAGCUCUCUCUGACUGCCACACCCAGAGGGAAAGAGGGGUGUUUUUAGGUACUGAUCUCCUGGACUGGUUUGGCCCCACCCGGCCUGAGUCCAGGUCACCAUGGGGUGCAACAUGUGUGUGGUUCAGAAGCCUGAGGAACAGUACAGGGUCAUGUUCCAGGUGAGUGAUUCUCUCUCUCUCUUUGUCUCUCUCUUUCUCUUGUUCUCUUGUUGUUUCUCUUGUUCUCUUGUUACUUUCUCUCGCCCUCUCUCUCUCUCUCGCCAUCUCUCAUUCUCGCCAUCUCUCUCUCCCUCUCGCUCUCUCUCACUCUCUCUCUUCCACCUAGCUUACUGUAGUACCAACUCUAUUAACACUCCUCUCUCGCUAUCUUGAUACUGACACAGCCUCUUCAUAUUGACACCUCUCUGGUACAGUUGCUGUCUGCCUACAGUCUGGUUACAGUUUGUGUUAUCAGUCAAAAUGUUCUGGGAGCACCACCUGUAGAGACAGAGACAGGCUGACGUCCUAUAGGUCUAAUGUCAGUCAUCCAUCACAACCAACUGACAGAUUAUUUGCACACCGGAUGUCUUUAACAUCCCAUCCACAUGAACAAGCAGUGCAAUUUUUUACAGAGGGGCUCACAGUAAAAUGAUCAUGAACAAUGUAAUUACAACAGCCAUAAUGAUGACAGAUUUUUGGAGGAACAAAACAUGAUGAGAAAAUAACAACAUUAUCACUCUACAGAAUAUGAUUAUUAUUGUGACAAAACUCAUAAGGCAGGCAUAUUCAUUCUUAUGUUAUUUGCCAAGGAUUCAUGAUUCAUUAAACACAGGCAUUUACAUUAUUAAAUAUGAUAGAUAAGUAAUAUAUUUGUAGUUGUACUUGUGCAACCACAACCAUUCUCUCUCAGUUGCAGCAAUAAUGCAAGUUUAAUAAUCAUAACUAUAUUCAUACUCUGUUAUAAUUAUUGUAAUUAUUAUGAAAAGCCCUAUAGAGCACAAUUACAUCUGAGAGGAAGACAAUGAGGGGCCAGAUUUUCACUGGGAUGCUGUAGGUAAUACUGUAAGAUGCUUUGGUUUUAGCUCAGUGCCAAAAUAGUUAUUGUCAAGGGGUUGCGCCGAAGGGUUGCCACGGUUACAGCCUCAGCAAUAGCAGCAUUUAGCAACUGAGAGACGGUAUAUGUGUAAGAACAUCUAGGUGUGCAAGUCUUGUGUAGGUUUUGCCAACCUGGCCUCUUGGGAAUUCCAAUUUGUAGGAUUUGGGAUGUAAAUUGGUAUCCCUCGAUUUAGUAUGAUAUGUUACGUUACGUUACAAAUGGAAUAGCGGUUGUACAAUAUCAUACGAAUUGGAGGAUGUAAAGUUUCAUACAUCUUGGAGGAUGUAUAGUAUUAUACGUAUUGCUCUGAGACCAUGCUGCUUGUAGCGUCAUAACGACAAAAGUUAGGAGAAUUGACAUUGCAGGUUAGAACUAACGACAAAGGUUACAAGGGUUAUGGGAAGGCUUAGCUAAAAUGCUAGUUGUCACCGACUCGAACACGCAACUUUUGGUUGCUAGACUGUCGCGGUAUACCCCACCCAUCCUCCCCAACCAACCUCCCUACUUUCGUUGUUGUGUUAGGUAACCAGACUAUUAUUCCAUUUUAACUUAACAUAAUAUAUCAUAUUAAAUGGAGGUACAGAAAUGUACGUUCCAAAGCCUACGUCUGUUUAACCCCGGUAGGUCUAAGCCCUUCGAUCGCAAUAUCUACUAAGCUAACAUAUUGGAUUGUUUUAAGAUGGUAAUAAAAUGUAUAGUUUAGCCAUUUGAUUUGGAAUUUUAGGACCCCUGUAGGUAUAACAUUUUUAAUAAAAAAUGAAUUUGGCCUUUACUGCUAUUGCCCAUAGAAACGCAUUGAUUAACACAUUUGUACAUGGCAAAACAGACAGUCAAAAAAUGUAUCAUAAGGAAUAAGGUUUUGAAUUGUCUGUCCUAUAUCUGAGAGAUAUAAGAAACUCAGGGUUGUAUUUAGUUUGGUCACUUUAUUCAUGGCACCCCUAUGCUCGUUGUGAUAUUUUACAGCCCAGUACUGGGUUAUCAUCAGAAGACUCCAAUGAAGCUUUUUUAUUGCUCAAACGGUUCGGUCUGGACAGUCGGUUUUGUGAGAAACCUUUUCGAAGUCCGCAACAGAGAGUUCAGACGACUGCCGUAAAGUUUGUGGAAUCAACAACGGGGAUGUCGUAGAGAAAAACAAACGACACUGUUGUGUCAAAGACAGUAGAGUAUGAAGAUGGGCACAAACUGCUUUUCCAAUAGAAAUCCCAGAUCCCACUUGCAGGCGAUGUCAUGGUGAUGUUGGCUAGAUUCAAAACAACUGGGAACUGGGAACUCGGAAAUCUCAGACUUCUGACUUCAGUGUUUUCAAGACAAUUGAGUCAGGACAUGUAAGUCUGUGCCAGUCGUCAGAACUGCAUCUGGUGCCCGAGGCAAAGCCAAAGCAGCGAACAAUGGGAUGACAUGGCACUGCCAGUGGUAGAGUAAUGAGUCACAGAAAGGAAAGGACAGGAUGGAAAAAAUAAGGGGGAAGGAAGGAUGGAGAGGGCUUACUUUUCUGCUGUUUGCCUUCAGACGACAGGAGUAAUUGAUUUGAGCGCUUCACAGAGCUGGGAUGAAUAGGUAGGUUUGUGUGACUUUGCUGAUCCCUCGUGUGUGUGUAUGUGUGUGUGUGUUCGUACAGUACGUGCGCGUGUGUGUAUGUGUAGUCUGGAGCAUGUAAGGGAGACUGGCGGUAAUUUCAGUGACCCCAUUACAGAGGUCAGCCAUGAUGACAGAGACCACAUGCAGGGUCAGUAUUUUGAUGAAGUGGAAGAUUAUAUCACUUCACUGAUCAAGCAUUCACACAAUUGUGUAAUAAGCUGUGCAUAAAGGUAUGCCCAAGGAAGCGAGCUCAAGUAACACAAAAUGUGCUCAGCUUUUACAGACAACAAAAUCCACAGACUGGCAGACUGAGUCCCCUGUGUGAGAUCCAGACAGGGAGUGGUGGGGACUAAAACAGUGGUGGUUUAUCACUGAUUCCUCUGCCUGAGCAGAAGAGAGCUGUUCUCUGUCCCAUCUGGGUGAUGUAGCAAGGAGCAUGUCUGUUUGCUCUGUGGUCCGAUCAGUCUGUACACUCUUAGAAAAAAGCUGUCCCCAUAGCCCUUUUUGGUUCCAGGUAGAACUCAUUUGGUUUCCAUGUAGAACCCUACCUGGAACCAAAAAGGGUUAUCCUAUGGGGACAGCCGAAGAACCCUUUUAGGUUCUAGAUAGCACCUUUUUUUCUAAGCGUGUACCCAAUGCUUACAAAGACCACAGAGGCUGAAGAUAGACAGAGGAGACACAGAACUGAGACACCGACACCACUUCUAUUGGCAGAUAUAAAGGGUGAUCGGUGUUCCCAACCUGGGAAGGCCAGAUGGCAAAGGGAGUGUCAAGAGGAGCAGACAGGCAUGUAAAUAGACCGUCAGCAUUCCAAACAGGAUACACUGACGGUUUGAUAACAGAAGAUGAAGCUCUGCAGUUUCAAAGGCACACCAGGAGUAACAUUCAGGCAUAAAAUAUGCUUUCCAUCCAAAGGCACUUUGUAUUUCCAUUUAAUUAAAAGUAUUGAAUUAAAAUAACUCUAGGCAAUAUUGUAAAUACAGAAUUUAUAACAGGACAAAGGGUUGAUUGGUUUCAAACAUUACAUUUUUCCACAUUUCCCUGCUUUCUAAGACACUGCAUGUUUGAGGUUUUGGUGCUUUGUUCUGGGCUGUUCACAAACAUGCGUAACUACACAUUCAAAUUUAGACUCAGUUCAAUGAGUAAUUCCCUGCUCUUCAUAUAAAGCAAACAUAACGUUCAACUGAAAGGCUAGUUCUGUCUGUCUGAAUACAUACUUCUCUUACCGGAGGAACGUAUUAAUGUGCUGCUGGCGGGUGCACAUGUCUUGUGAAUGGUACACACCCAUAUUUUCGAUUCUGCCUCCUGUCACUCCCCAGGUGAAAGUGGUAAAGGUCACCUCAUUUAUCAGUGUCUACAGCCUACAUGAGUCUAUGUAUUUACAAUAAGCAUUAGUUGAGUUUAUGGGUAAUGCAUAGCAAACUUACCAGAACAUUCAUGUAUCUACACCACACAGUGAGCACAGUAUCCAUUUUGUGCUGCACCACCCACCCCUCUUCAGUCUCCCCCUCCGUCUCCUCAGGUCUCUCUCUCCCGCUCUGUAGAAUGGGUCUCUCCCUCUCUGUAGAAUGGGCUUCAAUGCGAGGCCGUUGCCACGGCAACUGAAGUCAUUAAACAAGCCUAAUGUGCUUUUUCACACUGAAAAGUUCUGACAUACACAUUGUGCACAUACACACUGUGCAAACACAUGGCUACCCAUAGAUAGCCUACUGACAUAUUUAUAGAGUACACACACGUACGUACACAGACGACAUGCACGCACAUACAUAAACACACACUCACUCAUAUCAACGCACAUAAAGAACACCAAUUGUAUUAUAUUGACAUAUCCCAACGAUGAGUGCCGUGAUAUGACAACCUGACAAUGAUAUUGACUUUGCACUCUGACAUACUGUUUCUGUAUCUAAGCCAAUAUCUGUCUCUCUCAUUGUCUCCAUCUCCUGUCUUAGAUUGAAUCUUAUCUGUCCCUCUUCCCCUCUUCCUCUCAGCAUCUGUGUAUUGAUUGACUUCUUCUCUGGCUACAAAUAUCCAAACGGCUCCCCACGGUCACACCCACUGAGAUUCCACUUCCACCUUCUGUCUCCUUCUGUCUUCCAUCACUCUCUCGCUCUGAAAAACUAAGCGAAAAGACAGUCAUAUUCAGAGGGAAUUCUCCUCAUGCAUACAGAACCUCUUUUAUAGCUAUGAUUCUCCCAUAGACAAAGAUAAACCUGAGCAAACUGAUUACUUUUUUUCAGUGAGGGUUCAGGGUCUAUGGGCCUUCCAUAGAGAAUGAUCUAUAAACUGAAAUAUCUGUUGACUAACUAAUUGGCUUUGGACUCACCUCAAAGCAGACCUUUUAUUAUUCAACUCAUCUGCCUCUUUAUCAUGGUGCCUGUAUCUUUCCCCUUGGGAACACCUCUCUCUGGUAAAGCUUAUUUGUAUGAUUAAGUGUGUGUGUGUGGUGUGUGUGUGUGUGUGUGUGUGUGUGUGUGUGUGUGUGUGUGGAGUGUGUGUUUGUGUGUGUUGGUGUGUUUGGGAGUUUUUUGGUGUAUGUCUGGUCAUGUCAGGAUGAGAGAGAGAGAGAGAGAGAGAGUGGGGUGAGGAAGAGGGAGGAGGAAAUACAUUACAGCUUUCUUCGACAAUAACAAAUACGUACAGCUCCUAAAUAAGCUUAAAGAAACCAAAAAGGGUUCUCCUAUGGGGACAGCCAAAUACCUCUUUUGGUAUUGAUAGCUCUGUUGAUAAUGGUGUUUCUGAGAAUCAAUCUAUUAACCCAAAAUACGCUUAUUAGAUUCCCAAUUUCCCUGAAUGUUUGAGCAGCUAAUAUUUGUCUAUGUCUGAGCUCAACCACUGCCCACUGGUCUGUAUAAAUGUCCCUCUGUGAUAUCAAACAGCUGGGGUUAGAACCAGAAGGCACUGAGCAUGUCUCCAGAUAUAAUUGAUUUUGUGAAGAGGGGACUUCUACACCCUUCAAAGCAUGGGAGAUGAGAAAAAUCUAUUACCCAACAAGUAUAAUUCAAUAUGUGAAGGGCAGCAGGGCACGGUCAGCAUGCCGCCAUUACAAAAAAGGAGGGAAACCAUUUGGAGUUUUUGUCAUUCAUUUUUAUGCAAAUUGUUUUAGUGAUAAGCGAAAUUAUUCACAGGGAAGAAUACGCGUCAGUAUAGAGUUUAUGAGUCGAUACAUUUGACAAAUCCUGCUUCACUGCUCAUAUGUUUAGGUGGGUGUAGAGUACACCACCCAUUCCCAGCAUGUCCUCUCCCAGAGUCUGGUGUACUGUAGAUAUUCAAUCAAUCUGCAGCUAAAAGGUUGGAGAUAAAAUCUCAUUAAGCCUCAACCACUAACACAUCUCCCUGGGGGUUCCUCUGUGUGUUUCCACUAUUUACUUUACCAACAAGCAUGGAGCUAUGAGACAUUCAAACCCAAAAUGAGUCAAAUUUAAUUAUUAACUUGCAAUCUAUGAUUCCUCGAAAGCUCUUUCCCUCUUUCUUUGUCCUUGUAUUUCACUCCUCCUUCCUCACCACCCUUCAUCAUUUUACCUCCCCUUCCCCCUGUGCUGCUCUCCAUCAGCGUCUCUCCCUCGCUUUUUCACUCAUUCCUUUGAACCCCCUGCUUCUCUUUCAUCUCCCUCUCUCUUUCACCCCCACCACUCGUUACACAGCUUCUCCCAACCACCCCCCUACUGUGCUAAUCCGAAUAUUGUAGGGAAUAACUGGAAUAUUUAACGGCACGGAACUCAGUCUCAAUUCACGCCUGUUAUUUAAUAUAACUUUAGUGAAGGAAUGAGCAAUACACACCCUGCUCUCUCUCAUCGGCAAUUCGACUUGACUGUCAUUGGAUAAUAUGGGACACUGCAAAGGUCAGAGGUUAUAGGUCAUGAAAUCAGCUGACAUAAUGGACCACUGGAUGUAUAAUUCAUUGCACAACAUGUCAAGAUGAAUUAUCCUUCCAAUCUAAGUUCUCAGACUGUCAGUUAUGGCCAAAGGGCUAUUCUUCUAUAUACCCUAUCCCUCAUUGGUCCUGGUGAUGGUGUUACAGGAGAAAAACAAUUCACUGUCUGAAAUGCUCCAUCUCACCUGGUUCCUAUAAUGUGUAGACAAACAAAGAUAAUAGGAACCAUACAGAGAUAGAGAAGAAGAGAGAGUAAAAAAAGACAAGAAAAAUGCUUGAUUCAGUUGCAUGACAAGCUUUUGUAGGGGACAAUUUCAUUAGACUUGAAUGAAAACUACAGUUACGCUUCACACUGUUAACUCUAUUUGGCAAGGCGUAAGAUGCCAUUAAAAAAUGAGGUUUCUUAUUUGUCUUCAAGUGAAAGAACUCAUUAAGAGGGUGAGAGAGACAGAGAUUUAUGGAGGGCCAUUAGUAUGGGAAGGACAAACAGGCAAGGGAAGGAAAUGGCACAGACAUAGGAGCAUGUUUUGUAUCCUCUAGCGAGGGGCUGGAGAAAGAACAGUGCUGAGGCAGCAUGAGGAGAGGGAGAGAGAGAGAGUAAAUGCAGGCAAGGCAAAGAGCGACAGAAGGGAGAGUGGAAGAGGGAGACACAAUGGGAGGGGAGUGGGGUUUGGAAAGAGGUGUGAGCAAAGAAAUCUUGUAGAGUGAGAGAGGAGGUACAGAAAGGUAUGGAGAGCCAGAACCAAAUGGAAAAUAAUAGAAAGCCAAUGUGGCAAGAACGUUUUUGUGGUUGACUGCACAGGGGAACAUCGAUUUGAAUUGCAAUUAUUUGAAGGGGACAGGAAAAGAGAGGGGAACGAUGGAGGCAUGGAAGCAGGGUAUAAAGAUGUGGAAAUCCCCAGACAGCCAAGGUCGGUGUGUGACCAUGAGUGCACUAACACAAUGUCUGUAUGCCUGGGUGUCUGUCUUGUCACUCAGAGCACCUCAAUACUGUCUACAGGUCUCCAUUAAAACAUAUGGAGGCACACUUGUGACACACACACACGCGCACACUCGCCCAGCUGUGUGCAGUAUGCUCAUGACUUCAACCAGCAGAUUCUAUACACGCCAAAAAGCACAUUACCAUUUGGUCAAAGAGGGGCAUAUAUGGUGACUUGAUGUUUCACCUCUUAACAUACUUAAUAUUGGGGGGUCUUGCAUCAGUUGACCAGUAUCACUGCUUCCCUUAUGGAGACAGUUCAGUCGCCCCCAAAGCAACAUCCCUGCUAUUUCAAUCAGAUUCCUCCAGCAGAUCUACACCCAUAAUCCCUAAUUAUAAAUCCCCCUCUAUCUGCCUCUCUCUGUAUCAACUGGCAGGGGGGCAAACAUCAUAGAUGUGGAGAUACAGAGAAGAGAGCAGAGAGAGAGCGAGAAGAGAAGAGAGAGAGGAGAGAGAGAGAGAGAGAGAUAGAGAGAGAGAGGAGAGAGAGAGAGAGGAGAGGAGAGAGAGAGAGAGGAGCUAGAGAGAGAGAGAGUCAGAGAAGAGAGAGAGCUAGAUAUAGGAGGCUCGCUUCUCGCUCUCUCUACUCGAGCGAGCAGCUCUGAUCUCUCUCAUCUAAUCUCCUACUCGUACUCUCCUCUCAUCUCUCUCUCUCAUCUGCUUCUCGUCGUCUUCUCUCUCUCCUCUCUCUCUCUGUCUCCUUCUCUGCUUUCUCUACUCUGUCUCUCUCUUGCUCUCUCUUGCUGCUCCCUUGGCUGAGGCAGAGCGGAGCAUGGUACACUAACUAUGAAACUGGUCGUCACAGACCAUUUAGAUCAUCAGGAAACUAGAGAGGGUUUAUCUAUUAGGCUGGGUUGGCACACGUUGAUUUACACAGAGAUGUAUUCUAUGUGAGUUGUGUCCUGAUCUUGUCCACAUUCUGAUUGUGCCCACAUUUCCAGACAGGUGUAGACGAUUAAAAGACACAUUGUGGUCUGAUUGAGAUCAGAUCUUCCUGACCACCUUCGGAGGUAGUGAGGCACAUGUUAGCAAGUGUAGAGGGAUCUGGACAGUGAAACCAUUUACAUCAUCAUUAUCCCACCUUCUAAAAUCAUGGACAGGUGCCAUCAUUGAAUUAUGACAUCAAAAUGUGUAUUAAAAUAAGGAAAUAAAUAUUAUGUUGAAAGAAUGGCUGUCAAAUAAUUUGCUUACAGGAAGGGAACAGGAAAUCUGGUCACAAUGCGGACACAGUGGACGGAUAUGAGACACAUUCUAAUACCAUGUGUAGACAUAGUUCUGAAAAUGUGGACACAAUCAGAAUGUGGACAAGAUCAGGACAAAGCAUGCAUGUUAGCGCCAGGCAUAAACGAGGCUAAAGAGAGGAUCAUGUACAGCAUGGUUAGACACAUGCAGAGGGAUUUAGGACUAAUACAGAGACUAGCCCACCAACAGGCAACAAUUCUCUCAACCAGUAAUAACCCAUUUCCUUACAACAAAAUAGCGCUUUCACCUUUUCCUCAGAACCUACCCUAUUAACGUAAAUGUUCUCUUCUCUAAUGAUUCCAUUGCUCUCCCUCUAUCUCUCCACAGAAGGGUCAAAUAAGUAACAUGCUGUGUCCUUUUGAUGGAGAAGGUCGAUUUAAGGUCUCAGUAUAAAGUCUUUAUUCUCCCCCUCUGUGAUAUCAAAACCUUUUUAGUUGAGAGAAAUGUACCACGUACUGUGAUGUGCCUUUGUAACCCUACAUGUGAUGUGCCUUUGUAACCCUACAUGUGAUGUGCCUUUGUAACCCUACAUGUGAUGUGGGUAUUAUUAACACUCUCUAAACCUACACAUUUCUCUAUGUGUUGAGGUGUACUGUGUUAUUCUCUGUUAUCUUCAUUGGCUAUCUGUUGGCUGACUAACCCUAGCUCUGUGUUUUAGGCCUGUCUGUAUGUGUUGCGUUCAUGUAUUCUCCUCCUCAGUCUAACACACAGUGAACUAACCUGGUCUGUCUGUAUGUCUAGUGAGAGCUCCGCUAAUGUGGCUCAAAGUCUGCUAUCUAUAGUCCUUUUUGGUGCACAUGUUUUGUAAUCACACACUGUCUCCAAUCUCUACCACCCACUCAUUGCCCUUACUCUCUCUAUAAAUUGCUUAUUUUCCUUCGUGUUGGUCUAUCUCUCCACAUCUCCCUCUGUAUGUGCCAUGUCUUUGUACUCCUUUGUGUUUAAUCAUUCUUCACCACACUCUUAGAAAAAAUGGUUAUUUGGCUGUCCCCAUAGGAGAACCCUUUUUGGUUUCAGGUAGAACCCUUUUUGGUUCCAGGUAUAUCUCUUUUGGGUUCCAUCUAAAACCCUCUUUGUAAAGGGUUUUACAUGGAACCCAAAACGGUUCUUCAAAGGGUUCUCCUAUGGGGACAUCCGAAGAACCGUUUUGGGUUCUAGAUAGCACCUUUUUUUCUGAGUGCACUCCCCUACUCUUUCUUUCUUCUCCUUUUCCACUACAUUCUCCUAUCUAACCUCUGAUCUCGCUCCUCCUCUAGGUGAAUGGUAAGGAGCUGUCCUGUCUCUCAGGGGACCCCACCCUGGAUGUGCGAGACCCCCUGCUGUCUCACGUGUUGAAGAGGGGGGCCCGGCGACGGGCGGGACUGGCAGGGCGACUAGCGGGGCUAGACGGGACAGUAGCAGUUACAGGGGGGCUGACUGACUGUGUGGACAGUGGCACUCAGACUGACAUCAGCUUCCAACACAUGUUGACUCUGGGAAGGACCGCCCACCACCCAGGUGGAGCCCCGCCCCCUCACCCGCCCCCCUCCCCUCCGCUGCCACCCAUCCUGGAACCCUACCUGCUCAACGAGCUGUGAGUGGAGUGUGUGUGUGAGAGCGAGAGAGAGAAUUCAAUUUAUUUUUCAAUUUUCUUAAGAUGUUUGAAAGCUCUGAAGUUUGUAGCCCUGCUUAAAUGUUGAUACACUGACAUAUUCUCUAUGUUUUCUUCUCAGCCUUUUAGAGCCUGAAUAUUAUGAACCCAAUGACUACUUUGACAUCACUCAGCAUGAGGUGGAUCUCAGGCAGGAUGAGUUGGAGUACGAGGUGAGGCUACAUUUUCCUUUCAAAUCAAAUUGCCUACCGUGUAAUUCAACAACAAUCCCAUUCUUCAUGCCCUCUCCAUCUCCAUUACCAGUGUUCAGGUGUUUACCUUGUCAUUCAUAAUGUAUUUUUCUCUGCCACGCAUUUCAAUAGGAGGUAGAGCUGUAUAAGUCUCGUCAGCAGGACAAGCUAGGGUUAACGGUGUGCUACCGGACAGACGAUGAGGAGGACCUGGGGAUCUAUGUGGGCGAGGUGAGGAGGAUGGGAGUGAGGAUGAGGGUUAUCCUUGCUCGACUAUUUGCCAGCUAACCUAAUCCUCUCUCUCUCAUUUACAUUUUUACAUUUUAGUCAGUUAGCAGACGCUCUUAUCCAGAGCGACUUACAGUUAGUGAGUGCAUACAUUUUUCAUACUUCUCUCCAGGUCAACCCCAAUAGUAUAGCUGCUAUGGAUGGCCGCAUCCGAGAGGGGGAUAGAAUCUUACAGGUAGGAUUGUCGAGAGAAACAUUUCAGAUAACGUUCUAUUAUAACUUAUGGCAGAAAGCAGGGUCAGACAAGUACAUUUCUGAUGUGAAUUUGUCUCAGAUAAACGGGGUGGACAUCCAGAACAGAGAAGAGGCGGUGGCCAUUCUGACCCAGGAGGACAGCACCAACAUCUCCCUGCUCCUGGCCCGGCCCGAAAUAGAGGUGAGAGACCCUCUGGUAUACUAUCUGAUAUACAGUGGGGGAAAAAAGUAUUUAGUCAGCCACCAAUUGUGCAAGUUCUCCCACUUAAAAAGAUGAGAGAGGCCUAUAAUUUUCAUCAUAGGUACACGUCAACUAUGACAGACAAAUUGAGAAAAAAGAAAAUCCAGAAAAUCACAUUGUAGGAUUUGUUAUGAAUUUAUUUGCAAAUGAUGGUGGAAAAUAAGUAUUGGUCACCUACAAACAAGCAAGAUUUCUGGCUCUCACAGACCUGUAACUUCUUCUUUAAGAGGCUCCUCUGUCCUCCACUCGUUACCUGUAUUAAUGGCACCUGUUUGAACUUGUUAUCAGUAUAAAAGACACCUGUCCACAACCUCAAACAGUCACACUCCAAACUCCACUAUGGCCAAGACCAAAGAGCUGUCAAAGGACACCAGAAACAAAAUUGUAGACCUGCACCAGGCUGGGAAGACUGAAUCUGCAAUAGGUAAGCAGCUUGGUUUGAAGAAAUCAACUGUGGGAGCAAUUAUUAGGAAAUGGAAGACAUACAAGACCACUGAUAAUCUCCCUCGAUCUGGGGUUCCACACAAGAUCUCACCCCGUGGGGUCAAAAUGAUCACAAGAACGGUGAGCAAAAAUCCCAGAACCACGCGGGGGGACCUAGUGAAUGACCUGCAGAGAGCUGGGACCAAAGUAACAAAGCCUACCAUCAGUAACACACUACGCCGCCAGGGACUCAAAUCCUGCAGUGCCAGACGUGUCCCCUGCUUAAGCCAGUACAUGUCCAGGCCCGUCUGAAGUUUGCUAGAGUGCAUUUGGAUGAUCCAGAAGAGGAUUGGUAGAAUGUCAUAUGGUCAUAGUCUCCCGAGUGGCGCAGUGGUCUAAGGCACUGCAUCACAGUGCUAACUGUGCCACUAGAGAUCCUGGUUCGAAUCCAGGCUCUGUCGUAGCCGGCCGCGACUGGGAGACCCAUGGGGCGGCGCACAAUUGGCCCAGCGUCGUCCAGGGUAGGGGAGGGAAUGGCCGGCAGGGGAUGUAGCUCAGUUGGUAGAGCAUGUCGUUUGCAACGCCAGGGUUGUGGGUUCGUUUCCCACGGGGGGACCAGUAUGAAAAAAAUUUUUUUAAAAAAGAAUGUAUGCACUCACUAACUGUAAGUCGCUCUGGAUAAGAGCGUCUGCUAAAUGACUAAAAUGUAAAAUGUCAGAUGAAACCAAAAUAGAACUUUUUGGUAAAAACUCAACUCGUCGUGUUUGGAGGACAAAGAAUGCUGAGUUGCAUCCAAAGAACACCAUACCUACUGUGAAGCAUGGGGGUGGAAACAUCAUGCUUUGGGGCUGUUUUUCUGCAAAGGGACCAGGACGACUGAUCCGUGUAAAGGAAAGAAUGAAUGGGGCCAUGUAUCGUGAGAUUUUGAGUGAAAACCUCCUUCCAUCAGCAAGGGCAUUGAAGAUGAAACGUGGCUGGGUCUUUCAGCAUGACAAUGAUCCCAAACACACCGCCCAGGCAACGAAGGAGUGGCUUCGUAAGAAGCAUUUCAAGGUCCUGACAUAAAGACAGGUCAUAUCGGAACCUCUACACUAGAGGUACACCAUUUGUUUAAAAUAAAUAAGACUGGAGCUAUGAAUCUCCCCCUACCCUGUUUACCCAUGUAAGGAGACAGGAAAGGUGAGAGGAGUAAAGAGGGAGACAGAUGAGAGGACAGAUAGGGAGAAAUGGAGCUGGGCGGGAGCGAUAGCUAGCGAGGAGAAGGAGAGGGAGAGCCUGGUUGUUUUCAGUACAUGCCAAUGUGGCAUUGCUUUGUUUCCCUCAAGGUCACAGCUCAACAGACAUGAGGACACAGUCCCAGGACAUCCCAUAAUAUAUAUACACACCCACCUCCAGAUGGGAUGGCAUAGUAUACCAUUUUUAUACUGAGAGUGAUGAAUUAGGCAUAGACACACACCCAUACAAAAACAAAUGAUUGUGCUCUGAGACACUCUAAGAGUGUUGCAAUCAGAAUGCAGUCCACAUUCAGCCCAGAAUGAGCUAGAGGGCAGAUUUAAGAGAGGGCCAUUAAAUGUAAUGUAGCCUGCUACCCAGACAAAGUCACCACUGCAAGUACCCUCACCUUCCCUUUAUUCAUCUGGCACCCUCGAAUCUGCAGAAAGAAGUGAGAUGCAGGGUUGACCAAAUCUGCAGCUAGAAUAACAAUAAAUAAGAUGAACAACUUCAUAGUUAAGAACGCCAUAACAAUAUGGAAGAAAAUGAAAUGUAUUCAACAAGAACCAAUAUCACUCCCUGAAAACACAACCCCAUGGAACAAUCUUUGGAUAGCUUUUCAGAAUUCACAGAUAAAUUGUUCCACAUGGAAAACUAAAGGCAUAGAAACCGUAAAUGACUUGGUAAUAGGAAAUAAAUGCAUUUCCAUUAAAUAAUUAAAAAGCAAUUUUGGACUGACAAAUUUAGAUAUUUUCAAAUACAUGCAAUUGAAAUAUUUCAUAUCAAAUAUUUUGGAUGUCAGAGCAAUCUUGAGGGAACCCUAUUUGAGUCAGAAAAUGAUAUUCAUAUGAUAGGCAAGACAUACAAAACCUUGCAGAGAGCCUAUCCACCCGACAAUCUCUUAGAAAACAAUAUAAACUACUGGAACCAAGAAUUAAAAAUAACUGAUAUUGACACAAGAUGGAGGGAAUGUUGGAACAUAUUAUAACUAACGAAAUUACAGUUAAUGAAAAUGUACGCUUAAUCCAGUAUAAACUAAUGUGUAAAAUGCAUUACACAAGAGACAAAAUUCACAAAUUCUACAGCACAAUGGCAGUCAUGUCUUAAGUGUAAAAUAACAAUGACUCAAUAAUCCAUGCCUUCUGGGAAUGUUAUAAAGUCCAUGAGUUGUGGGUGGAGUUGGAAAGUUGGCUGUCAGAAGUAUUACAAUGUAAAUGUACUUUUACUCUGUCUGUCUGCAUAUUUCAAGACAUGGCAUAUGAGGGUUCAGUGAGAUACCCGAUGGGUUGGAAGAUACUUUUCUAGUAAAUCAUCUUGAAAAACGUAUACUUAAAAAAUGGAAAUCAACCAAUCCUCCAUCAUUAACACAACGGAAAGGCCAAAUUAGUUAUCUAAAAUGUUGAAACUGUGUGGGAGACGGAGAAACAAAAUAGUGCAGUUUGAGGCCAUGUGGCAGGGAGUGAUGCGGGCGCUGGAGAUGGGGGUGUGAGCAGGUGGGUCUGGGCAGGGGUGAUGUUGGUGUGCGUCUGUAUGUUGUCGAUGGUAUGUGUAUGUUUAGUAUUUUUAUUUUUAUUUUUAAGGAUCAUAAAUAAAAUCGUACAAAAAAUUUAACUAUAAUAAGAUUCAUUGAUAAAGUAUAGUCUCACAUUGAAAACACAGAGGGAAGAGAGGAGAAGAGAUGGGGAUCAUCCAAGGAAAGUAUAUAUGUGCAGAUAUUAAGGGUUUAUUCAACGGUCUGGAAAGAGCAAGAGAGAGCGAGAGAAAAUGAAAUAAAGGGGUUGUUAGAAUAAUAAUAAGAUGAGGAUAAUCAAUGUUUCCAUGUCUCAGCCUGAAUCUAGUUAAACAAUUCAAGUUUAAACCAAAUCAAUUAACCCUUUAAAGCCCAAUGUUACAUAUAUGUAACAUUGCCUUUAAACACAUGGUAAAGUGUCUGUGCACGAUCAAUACAUAAAAGGAAAUUAAUAUCUUGAAGAGAUCGCAAUAAACACUUUUGGCACAAUCUGGUGGACGAUCUUUGUAAUGACACUAUGACCAUUGGCAAAACAAAUAAAAAAUGUCCAAAGAUGCCUGAGUAAAUGUUUUGGCAAAGGAUAGUCACUUGAAAGUUUGUUACAUAUAUGUAACAUAGGGCAUUAAGUGAUACAAACCACACAUUUGCAUAGAUUUUAUGCAUACCAACAGUUUUUAUAUUUAUUUUCCAGAAAUACGUUAUUUGGGGUCUCCUUUCACUUCUGAUUUUUUUAUGCAAGGAAAACUGGGUCCGGGUUUCUAAGGGUUAAAUGUGAUCAUCUCCACUCUGAGGGGUGAAUUGUUUACUGAAUUACAGCAGCGUAUUUACAUACACAUUUGAUCAAUAACUCAGGGGGAUAAAGGGAGUAAAUUAAAACAAGGGAUUUGGUAGUAAAAACACACUGCGGUGGUGGUGUGUGUGUGUGCGCGCAUGUAAGUGCACGUGUGUGCAUGCAUGCAUGCAUAUAGUUAGGUGGGUGGGUGUGCAUGCAUGUGCAUACAUUUACCUUUGGGCCCAAUUUUCCUUCUAUUCAUCCAGACAGCUCAGUGGAAAAUACCCCUCAGUAAAAAUGCCUUUAAAAUGGUAAUGAAAUCACACAUUACUUUGACUCCUACCGCCAUCUAGUGACUGAGAUAAACACUAACAGACAUACCUCUAACACGUUGUAAGGAGGUUCCCAAGAGUACAAGACAUUGAACCUGUUUAAUCUGAUAUAUCAUUUCAAAUCUUUCUUUUCCUUUCUCCUUUGACCUUUUCCCGCCUCAAUAACACCAACUCAACAACGAAACCAUGACGGCAAUCAAACAACAAAACAAACACAAUCCGUGAAACACAUUCUCCAACUUAGAAUGACAACCAGCUCGACCCAGAUGAACUGGACCUGGAGGUUUUGGAUAACGCCGUCCAUCUGCCCAGCCCCCAUCAGCUGAGGAACAGGGCCUCCGUGCUGGGUGAAGGGCCAGGGGUCGUGGGUGGUGGUGUGGUGGUUGGCCACGGGCGGGGUCACCGUGACUCUCCAAACCUGCUCCACACGUUGCUGAGUAACAGUCAGGAGCUGGACAGCGGGGUAGGCCGUACAGACGAGAGUACCCGCAAUGAGGAGUCCUCAGAACACGACCUACUAGGAGACGACCAGACCAGCGCUCCCACCACCAACGCCACCAACACCCCCGGCAGCAUGCGCAGGUUCCUCUCUGUCCGGGGGGACAGGGACACUCCACCCCUUCUACAUGGCCACUCCACAGAGUUCCACUUCAGCACUGACUCUUUACUGGGUCUGGACUGUCUGGGUGGGGGAGGAGGAGGUGACCUGGCAGGAGAGGGGGUCUACGCAGCUGACCCAGUGAUGAUGAUGAUGCCGGGCCUGACAGAAGAAGAGUGUGAGAGGUACAGGGAGCUCCUGGAGAUCAAGUGUUACUAUGAGAAGAACGGCAAUGCUCUUCUGCUGCUGGGGGAGCAUGGGGGCGAUGGGGGGGUUCCUCUGGAUGUGAACAGGAACGAAAGCCUGAUGCAGCAUGAGAUGGCCCUCCUGGAAGAGGAGUUACGCCACCUGGAGUUCAAGUGUCGUAACAUCCUGAGGGCCCAGAAGAUGCAGCAGCUCCGGGAGCGCUGUCUGAAGGCGUGGCCCCUGGAGGAGGAAAGUGGGGCUGGAGGUGGGGCCGGGGCUGGGCGGGUGGCUCCUUUGGUUAGCGAGGAGUCCUGUCACCAUGAACUGUCAGACAUUAAUGAGCUGCCUGAGAGGGAGCGCUCAGACAAGGACAGCACCAGCGCCUACAACACAGGAGGGGAGAGCUGCAGGAGCACCCCUCUGGUCAGCGAACAGUAUCCUUCCCCCUCUGCACAUGGCCACAGCAGCUUGGAGGGGGGAGACUCUGCCUCUUUGCAGUCUCGGACCCCCAGCUGGCACAGGGAGAGGGUAGGCAGGAGUGAGAGGGGGCAGGCUAACCUGAACCAGCCCUACUCCCCUAACUCACACAGGAGGGGAGCGGAAGCCAAGACCUCCAGCCCGAGAGGGACCAAGUUCAGAUCCCUAUCCCGCGACGGGGGGGCAAGGAGGGUGUCAGACGGAGGGGUGAGGUGCCCCAAAACCAAUGGGACAGUGGAGGGGAGGGAAGGACGUAGCGCUGAGAACAGCCCUUAUCUUUCCCGCCGCCACUCUGGCUCCAGAAUCCCCCAGCGCUACCAGAGCUGCAUGCAGCUGAGGUCCCCCUCCACAUCUGAGGGCCUGGAGAGACCCAGGGAUGGCAGCGAGAGUCCCAUGAGCCUGGGGAGCACAUGCAAGGACAUCCCCCAGGGCCCUGUAUCCAUGCCCUCCUUACCCAUCUCCCCUCCCCUCCCUCUGCCGGCCUCGCCACGUAUGGAGUGGAAGGUCAAAGUACGCAGCGACGGCUCCCGCUAUGUUGCCAAGCGGCCUGUUAGGGACCGCCUCCUGAAGGCCCGGGCCAUUAAGAUCCGGGAGGAGCGCAGUGGCAUGACCACGGACGACGAUGCCGUCAGCGAGAUGAAGAUGGGCCGCUAUUGGUCCAAGGAGGAAAGGAAGCAGCAGCUUCUGAGGGCCAGGGAACAGCGCAGACGCAGGGAGUUUAUGAUGCAGAGCAGGCUGGACUGCCUGAGGGAGAGGGAUAGGGAGUCGAGUGGCGGUGGACAACAGGGGGCUCCGCACGGACAGGAGCCUACUACCAUCCUGGAGCUGAGCCACAGGAGGAGCCAGAAGAAACGGAGCCGUAGGAUCCUGGACAACUGGAUCACCAUCCAGGAACUACUAGCCCACGGAACCAGGUCACCUGACGGCAAGAAGGUCUACAAUCCUCUGCUGUCAGUCACCACUGUCUAA